AGUAUUGUUUGAGUCUACAGCAGGAGGAACGGAGCCACUGCUGUCUAUUGCGAUGUGACAGCUCUGUACAGUGAUCAAUAACUGUACAGUUUGUUUUAAUUACAGAAUUAGAGAAGUGUCGCUUGUUGUGGAUGUACAUAUGACUGUAGGCGACGGCUGCCAACAGUGCUAACGUUAGCUGUCCUGUGAGACUUGACGACGGAGGAAACAACGAAGUGUUCUUUUAUGUCACACGGAUAAUAUUGAUGCUCAACGGAUGAAACGUCAGGGUGUUUCAGGACGAGAUAUUUUUUUCCUCGUGGACUCUUCCCAAAGAAUACACGGACGGACGCUUUCAGAGUAUUUCCAUGUUAUUGUUAGCGUGUUUGCAGGGACUUACUAUGGGCAGCAGCAGCAGCAGCUAUGACGUUAGCUGUAGCAUCCUCCUGGUUGUUAUGUCACUGUCAGGCUAACAGAUAGCUUGGCUGUCUGCAGCUGCCUCGCUCUUUUGCAUGGUCAUGUCCUGCAGGGUUGGCAUCAUGUAGACUGCCCCCCCUGUAUACGUCUGGAGACUGGGUAACAGACAGAGUGCAUGUGAGCCUCCUUGGAGAGUAAAUGCAAAGCUGGAUUGCAUCUAUCCAACUGGGUCAAAGACUGACAGCUGGCACUGAUAACAGUUUAGCUCAGGAUUGUUGCUGGCCAUGGUCAGAGCCGUCUGUUGUGUUUAACAUUACAAACAUCCCAGCCCACUUAUUUGCGGGGCAUGUGAGUGCAUCAUGUCCUGACUGUGACUCUUAUUUGUGCUAGAAUGAGGCACACCAGUGGGGCUUACAGAAAGGGAUAUUUGCAUUAUCUCUGCUGAUGCCUUGAGAAACAGUUUGUCACGGUUGAUGAAAUAUCCUAAAUUUGCGAGGAAGGAAACCCAUCCUGAGGGCUUCUUUUAGUUUCUUUUGGCCACCCAAUAGUUCAAAACCCAAGUACUUAUCAUUUAAUGGUGUAAAUGAUAAGAAAAGGCAGCAUUUUUUUGACAAUUCUGUUUUAAAAAUCCCUGAAACUACUGCUCAGUAUUCAAAGAAAGUAAUCUGUCAUAUAAAUCUGCAGCACAAGAAGAAAAAGCAGAACUAGAAUUGAGCUGAUCCUUGGCUACAGAAUUUACUUAAAGGCAAGACUGAAGGUUUACCCACCAGCUGGACCAUCAGCCCAUCACAAUGGAGACUGUGGGGGAUUUUGAGUACAGCAGAAAAGACCUGGUUGGACAUGGAGCCUUCGCCGUGGUGUUCAAAGGAAGACACAGAAAGGUAAAUAAACUGCUUGUCUGCAGUGUUUCUCCCCUUAUUUCUCUUCUGCAGGAAAAAAAGGGGGCAUGCUUCAUCUGAAAAUCUGGGUCAAUGCAGGAUGCAGUUCUGCAGCACACAGGCAGCAUAUGUGGGAUGUCACCAAUUUUAGGGGGGUGGUGAAUUACACUGUUCAUGACUAAACAUCUACAUGACAACUUAAGGCUGUGUUGGGUAAUUUAAGCGUAUUUUACCAGUUAGUUAGAUAAAUAUGUUUGUGUGGUUUGGUCCAUUCAUGAAACCAGGAUGAGUCAGGCAGCAGUGAAUGACUUGCUGACGUAAAGAGGAGGCAGGAUGGAGGAUGGGGUGCAGUGUUUUUCCUUUUUAAGGAUACAAGCUUCUCUUAUGUAACAGCUGCACAUUCAGACUGAUUUUAGUUUUAUUUAAGCAUGUUUUUUCCACUUAGGUUAUGAGAAUCUCUUAUGUGGUUGACCCGACAAAGGUGAUAAUUAUAUUUUUGGUGGAGACAUCAUAAAUGAUUUCUCCAGCCCAUUACAGGCUUUGACAACAACACUACUCAGCAAAACAGGACCAGAAACCAAGGCAGACACAUUAUUAAAGGUGUCCUGUCUGUUGUCUUCAGUGCACCAUAUCAUUGAAGGAGGGAAGUUGCAUCUGAGUGCUUCUUGAAGACUGCUGCAUCUUUAACAUGUCAUGCAACAGCAGUGAAAACUAUCACACAGCCAUAGGUGCAGAGAGAUGAGCUGUGAGGUACUACUAGUGGGAGGAGCAGGUGUGUGUUUGUCAGUAAAGCAGAGGGUCAGCGUGAGCAUGAGGUGAGAGAGGCUGCGACUCUGAACAGUGUUUGAAAUAUUUAAGUGCUUAGAGUGUUUAGGCUCAGUAAAUACCUGUAAUGUAAAUUCUGUCAAAUCAAUGAGCUUCAAUGUUAAAUAAUCAAUACCUCAAAAUCAGUCAGCUGACGCACUGACGCAUCACAAAUUUACUUUUGAUGAUAAAACGCAGUUAGUGAAAAGAAUGAGCAAACCACUCUGAUUUUAGUUAUUAAAUAUUGAUAAACUCAUUAUAUUUCCCUGGGGUGUGGUUAUUCAUCACAGCAGGACAAGGUGUGGGUGGUUCUGUGUGUGAACAUGUGACAGAAAUACAGGAGAUGACAUCAUUGUGCCUCCAUGCUGGUGUGAAGCAGAUGGUGCUGAAUUCUUCAAUGAACACCACAUUAGCUCUUCCCAUCACUCCCUGCUGCUCUAGACUCAGUGUCUGUCUCUUUAUUGAGACACCAUAUCAGUUCAUCCUUUUGACACUGACCUUUUGAACUAAUACAAUGUAGAGAUACCAUCAAACAAGGUAGGUUGACAAUACUUCUCAACCUGUAUGGAUGUGACAUUAUUGUUAUAGAUGUUGGGCCUCGCUUUAGUAAAAACUGAGGGUUUAAAAUAGUUCAUCACAUUUUUCUGUAGUGACACCGGCUGCUGUUUUGAAUGCCACUGUGCUCUGGUGCAUUCUUUACAAAGCAUGACUGCAAUAAUUAGCUUAAAGUCAACAAAUACCUUUUUUUCUUAGAAACUAUAGAAAACAAAGGAGUAAUUUCAUAACCUACAAAUAGUCAUUGAAUUUCUGUAGUAAAUAGGAAUUAAUUUUUAAUUUCCUUGAGGGAACUCUCUCAAAAGAAUUAAUAAAGUUGUAUCUUAUUCAAUCUGAUCUUAUCUAAUAUAAUAGUUUUUUAAUUGCUUGUUAAAAUUUCAUCAACAGUUUUGAAGUCCAUAAUAACAAUAAUAAUAACAAUGUUAAGCAAUUCUAAGCUGUGUCCUGAUUUGGAUGUCAAAUUAAUGUAAUGAAUUGGUCUUGACUUUUCUUGUCACAACAUGCCAACGUGACGAUGGCCUUUAGACCUGAGUCUUUUUGCAAUGCCGACUUGUCUGCAGUUGGAUGCCACUUGUUAAGACGCAUCCAACUGCUUCUCAACAACUUCUCUGACUUAGCUUCAUCCACAGGUCUGUGGCGACCGCACUCUAAUAAAUAGAGCGCUGUUGUAUUUUGUGAUGCGGUGGUGUGCUGACCUCAGUCUGAUGAGCUGCACCUGCACACUUAACACCUGGGUUGUAGCUCAGACUUAAAGUGCUUUGUGAACAUUUUCAUCCUGUUUGACUGCAUAUUGCUUUAGAUUUGUCAGCUGAGCUGAGUGGGAUUUUUGAAGUGAGUUUGCCAUCUGAAAGCAAAAUGGUAGUGUUAUUUUCUGUCUUGGCAGCAGCAGGUAGCAGAAAGAUACUGCAGCGGCUUGACUACAGUGUGCCCAAAGGUGCAAAAUAGCAGGUUUGAAAAAGAAAUAAAGCAUUGAUGUUUGACCUAAAUCGUACUGUGUGAACACUUACAGUGCUAAAAAUGCAAACUUUAUAACCAAUCAUCAGGAAGACUACAAGUACCGACUUAUUUUUUCUCCAGUAAAAUCAAUAUGUGAAUGUGCUCAAAGGAACAUUUGAACAUCAAAGUACUGUAUUUACUGCAGCUCUGACUCAUGUUGCAUCCUCUUCUAGCACUGCUCUGUUGUUUAUAAAGUGAUUUUUGACCCUAAACCAGUUCUCCAUUGCUGCUCUAAAGCAGUGGUAUGUAGCCUUGAUAGCUCUAUGCUGCAGUCACAGCAUAACUAUGGUAGGCUUUUGUCUUCGAAAAAUAAUGAGAAUUGAUUUUCUUCUGGGUUAAUAAAUAACAGUAUGAGAUUGUGCACUGACUGGUGUACUCCAGUUUCCUAUAAUGUAUCAGGAUGACUCAGCUGCAGACGGCCUUGAUGAGAAACUGCAUUUAAUGGAGCACACCCUUGCUCUGCUUCACAUAGCUUCUUGGUGUGCCAGCUGUGUAUUGAGUCUUCAGGACUUUUCAUCUCUGUCAUUGACUGAAUUAUUGGUCAGUUCUAUUCACAUCAUAGGGGCAAGACGUUAGGUGAACAGCAGGUAGAAGUGGGAGAAAAAAUUGAUUCACAGAAGUAUCCCAAUUUUUUGUUUUACAAUUUUUCAAUCGAAUUUAUGUUCACAUUUUUUUUUUAAUUUAACUUAAGUAUAAAUCUUAAAAACUGACUUAUGUGUGAUGUGUAUUUUUUGGGGGAAAUAUGGUUCCUGGAAUAGUCAGUAGACAAUCAUAAUCAUUCAACUAUUUCACUCAUGUAAAAAAUGCAGACUAAAAUUUGAGACUAAAAUAUCGUAGAAUCGCAAUUUAAAUCGAAUCAGCAUCCAAAAAAAUCGUAGAAGAAUCGAAUCGAAUCGGGGAGAAAAGCAUAUCGUCCCAGCCCUCACAGCAGGUACAAUGAUCCGUUUAUAAUUGCUUUGGCAGUGGUGAAUGUUACACCUUGCGUAAGCUCCUGUUACUGUAAUAUUAAGAAAUCAUGAAAAGGCUUAGGAGAGCUUGGGCAGCACACUCAGCUCAUUGUGUUUUGUUCCCAGUACACCUGGCUAACAAUUAAACCCUCUCAGGUGUAAUUUAGUGUCAGGAAUCAGCGUUUUGAUUGCAUCAUGUUGAUGCAAUCAAAUUCAUCAUAAUAAUCACUGAGAGGCUCAGAUUGUAAUUCUAAGAAGAGCGAUGGAGAAGACGAGAGGUGCACUUUUAAAUCCAGAACCUGUUGGUUUAGUCCCCACAUCCAGACUGCAGCAACCAAAACAGUAAUUUUACUGAGCCAAAGAUGGGAUUUACUGGAACUGCUACCUGCUUGGUUAGUUUGUUUGUGUGUGGAUCACACAGAUACUGUGCUGAAUCUGAACUAACCUUAAAAAAAGAACGCAAAGUAAACUGUGUGGCAGCCCGUUGUGGCAAAUAUGGCUCCAGUAGACCAGCAACAAAGUGGCAACAUCUGGUGUUGAAAAGUGUUUCUAUGAUAGUAACUUUAGCUCAAACUGGGUUUGUUUAGGGUUCAAUACUAAUAAGGCUGAAUGAUCAGUGGAGAAGAAGACACUUUCAGAGAUCAUUUCCCUUCAAGUUUGAGAGUGAAACUAGUGAUUUAAAAAGCUAAUGUUAAACUGCAAAAAACAGCAUUUUUCACUGGAUGUAAUUUAAUCCGGUGUAUUUCACACAGGGAUUACACUAGAGCUAUUACACCCUGUUACUGCGCCUGGCUGAAUCAAUCUGCUGGAGUGGUUUCAAAACUUUCAAGUCACUAAGACUCCAGAAUAUGUGAAAACCAAGAACAGGGCGAAGUUUGAAAUACCAGCUCUCCAUUUGAAGGUGUAAUGUAUUUUGAUUUUCCUGUAGUGUCUUCUGCUGCAAGUCUCCUUCUCACACUGUCUAACACCGCACAAGGUCUGGCUGCAGUGUUGCUGACGCUAAUCUCUUUGUUGCUCUGUAAUCAGCUGUGUGAUUCAUAAAUGAGAUCAUGCUUUAUUCUGGAAAAUGAAAGCUCCUGUUCCUGUCUGUGCAGAGGAGACCUGCUUACUCUGCAAUGCUUAACUCCCCAUUAUGUGGUGCACUACCAAGCCAUUAGUUUGCCCCCCCCAACCCCCUCCUUCUUCUCCUCCUCCUCUUUCUCCUCACCCUCUCAGCUUUACAUGGCGAGCCAGCGAGGUCAUGUCUUUUUAUUUUUUCUAUGGAUGUAGUGUCGGCGGCUCAGUCACAGUUGGCUGGGCAGGCUGUCAGUGAUCUGGGGAUGGAUGCAGCUCAGUUGGCAGUGUAUUACACACACAAACCCACAUGCCCCCUCACCCUAUGUCAGUCGGUGCCAGGCUUUAGGUGCUGUGCACCCACAGGACAUCUCCUGUUAACCUACGUUCAUUUGUGAUGUGAAACAUGUCUCACUCAGUUAUAGAUUCCUAGAGGCUCAUGGUAAUGUCAUCGUUGUAUUAAUUAGAGUGAGAAGUGCCUGAGCUAAUAGUUAUGAUUAAUAUAGAAAGAUAAUGUUUCCUAUCUCAAGGCAGAUCUAAAUGCCAUCACAGUCAGUCAGUCUUUUUGCUGCUUUGUCAGCCUGACUGAAGAGCAUUAAAGAAACACUGGUUGCUUUUAUUUAUUUUGAUUACUAGGUCCAUUCAUUUUGAAGAGGAGGGGACCUCAGAGGGACAUACAGCUCAGCUCUGCUUCCACCAUAUUUCCUGUCCUAUGAGUGUUUUUCACAAGGGCAUCGUGACAGUGACUCCUGGGGUUUUAUUUCAGUGUCCUCAGCUGUGUGUUUGCAUGUGCAGCACAUCUCCUGAGAGCCUCUAAACUCACGUGACCUCCAAAAGUCUUUUUAUACCUGCCCCAGGAGCUAGUCUCGAAACUUUAUCCCAGCACUGGGGUAAAAUAUAGGCCUGCUCCAGCCUUGUUAGCUUUUAGUGUAAGUAGGCUGGCCGCCGCUCGAGCUGUCAUCCGAGUGCCUCGUCAUUCAGCGUGUCAUUCAGUGCAAUGGGCCAAUCUGACUGUCAGAAACCCAAGUGACCUGGUGUUAUUGAAACGUAUAAAAUUUCAUUCGUCCUUCCAGCCAACGCUCACACAGAGAUGCUGACAGAGUCAUUUAGACCAACAGGCUUUCAGACACAGUGCACAUAUUACUUAUUCAAAAGCAAAAUUCAAGUGCCGGUACACUAGAGCUGGGUAAUACAGCUGAAAUCAUGCAUCCUAACACUUCAAUGUAGAUUUGUUUUAAGUUGGACAUACUUGGCAUUCUUAUGUGAACCAUAAAUAAUUGUUUUGUAUAUAUGAAAAUGUAUGUGGGGUAAAAAAAAGUUGACCUCCAGAGUCUUGUAACAAAUAUGAUUGGGUAAAAGUGUUUUUAGAGAGUGUUAGUAGCUAUAUAUUUGACUAUUAACCCCCACUGAGUUACUUGCAGUCAAAUAAUAAAUAAAUAAAUUGUUCUUGACAAAGUCACUACACUUGGUAGUGAUGCACAGUUUAGAGGAAGAACACAUUGUGAUUUUUGUAUUACAGAUUGUACAACAAGAUUAUGUAUAAAGGCCUAUACUGGUUAGUGGUGUUUUGUUUUAUCUUUUGUUUGGCAGUUCCAUUUUCUUCACAAGACCACAAGACCAAGCUUUAUACACUUUUCUGCACUCAGCCUCCUAAGUGCAAAAUGCCCCGUGUGGCAGCUUUUUUUUAGUUUGAUUUUGGGCUUAUCAGGCUUCUAAGUGUUGUCUUUAUUUUCAGAGUAGCUGGAUAGUCUGAAUUUAAAUUUCUGUGUAAACAACUAGCAAAUUAGUAACAUCUCUACAAACAGUGAAUUCCACUGAGGAAAAAGCACAAAUUGAGAUUAUGGUGCCGCCAAGACAAAAAUCCUUUGAGAUUUUGUAAAAAGGUUCAUGAUUUCAUGUCAGAAAAAUCUGCGUCUGAGGAAAUGAGGCUUUAUUUGAUGAAUCCUAGUUUCCUGUAGUAUUCGACUUUAAAGUAAAGCAGCCUCAGUUGAAACAAAGAGCACAUGUGUGAACAUUUUAAAUAGAAAUGUUGAAUGAAAAGAAGCCAUGAAGCUACUUUUAUACAACAAUGGUUUCCUUUCAGCGUGUUGUAUGGAGUUUUUUCUGCUAACUACAUUGAUCACGAGACGUGACAGCCGAGAUCCGCUGACGUUUAUCACCCUGACUAAACGAUAUCCUGAGGGAGAGCAUGAUUCCAGCUGUAUUUAAACUCUCUCCCUUAAAGCUACAGUAACACGUUUGCUCGCUUCUUUCAGCAGUCCAGCCAUGUGAAUUGAAAGAAUGUUGUAAGUUACUGACUGGAGAUAAAAAUAAACUCACAAACAUAAUUCAUUUGUCAUUGCUGCAAGUUAAGGACACAGAAAAAGUUAGAUGAAGUUGUUUAUAAUCUCUCCUUCUUGCUCUCUGCAGAAGACAGAUUGGGAGGUGGCCAUCAAGAGCAUCAAUAAGAAGAAUCUGUCCAAGUCCCAGAUCCUGCUUGGCAAGGAGAUCAAAAUCCUGAAGGUGAGCAUGACCCUUAAUUGCCUCUCAGUUAUCUCUUCAAUCAACCAGUGAUCUGAUAUUGACCUUUUGUAAGUGUGCACCUUAAACAGAAGAGAGGCCUUGUCUUUAGGGAUAGAAAUGUCAUUAAAGAGACUCCAUUAUCUGCUGCUAAUCUUCCAUCUUGUGUUCUGUUUAAACUCAGGAGCUGCAGCAUGAAAACAUUGUCGCUCUCUACGAUGUCCAGGUAAGAUUUGAAUCUUUGAAUUCAAUGACCAAAGACUUUUCUUGUUGAGCUGUGUUCUAGUGUGCGUCUCAGUCGAGUGUUACAUCUGUAGGUCUUUUGAAAGAGAGUGGGGUUUGUCUGAGAGCUUUUCGUUCCACUAUCUAUGGAGCAAGAAUGUAAAAAUAAGCCAUCUCUAAAUCUCCUAUAGUUGUUCAGUGGAUGAGUGUAACUAUUGACGAGUCCUUCAUUUUGAUGCUGAGUAAGGCUGCCCUCUGUCUCUUUUGACUCAGCUGGCUGAUUCAGAGUUGAGCUAUUGCACUUGUUCAGUCCAUGUUAUCAUUGUUGAGCUGAAGAGCAUCAGCUACAAUCAUGGUUGCACUCUCUAAAAGAUACGAGGAAAAAAAGACUACCGAGGUAUUGUCUAUGUGGGCUCUAGUUUGUAGUUUUUGUAAUAAUACUUGAUUACUUAUAAAGUAUCUUAGCCAAUGUACAAUUAAUCUCAUACCCUUACUGUAUCUACUGUAUGGUAUUUAAUGCUCACCAGCCUAAUUUCCCAUGCUAGAGCUAGAGUCUGGUAUCACAUAGUCCUGCCAUUUCCUGCCUGAGACUCAUGUGGAUGAAAAUAUUGUGCUCUAUAAAUACACAGUUAUUGCUCAAGGCAGGAUAUUAGACCGUAUCUUUCAGAACUUUCUCCCUAUUGCACUUAUCGCUUGUGCAAAGAGAGAUGGAUUUCUCCCUGAUUGUUUUUCUGACAGGCUCUGGCUGCCCUCAGUGGUUUGCUGCCGCACAAAUUGAACAGAUAUUUGUCGUUUUGAAGAGAAAACUUGAACAGAGACUGUUGUGGCUCAGCAACAGCAGUCAGUGAAACUGUGAGUUAUAGGCUUUACAUUUGCUUCUUUGUUAUAUUCCUCUCUGUCUGGACACAUGGUAAAAAUAGCUGUGGCUCUGUUUAAGUGUGAGGAAGUCUGAGUGGCUUCCCUCCCUUCAAACCGCUCUUCUGUUUACCGUAUGUCCUCCGUCAGAACAGUCCUCUUCAGCAUAUCAACAGAGGAGUGUUUGCAGUGAUGUCCUGAAUUGGCUCAUAGUUGAGUGUACUUUUAAUAAGGGGAUAUAAAAGGUGAAAUGAAGUGUAAACAGUUAAAGCGAUAGUGAAGCACUUUCCAACAUAGCAGAGGUCCUUCCUAUGUUUAUGUAAUGCAGCCUCCCACCGGGACCGUACUGAUCACUCCAUCCACUCCCCACCCACCCAUCCUUUCAUAUCCACAUCCCUACAUCAGACCAGCUGAUGUAAUAAACUCUUCCAGAGGCUGGUGACUGAGGAUGAGGAGCACAGUCAUAACCCAGCAGGCAGGAUGCAGCAUGAUAACUCACUUCCAUCGGUGACACAACUUAAAGAAACAGCUUGUGGAUUUGAUUUCAAGAACCGGAUCUGUAUCUUCAUACUAAGCCCGGUCAUUGAAAAUAGUUCCUUGAUUUAGUGCUAUUGAUAAAAAAGAUCUCACUUCGAUUUUCUCCUCUAGUAAUCACUAUAUACCAGCUGCAUAUCUAUCAAUUUAAGUAGACCCUUUGUACUCAUUUUCCCCUUUUAUUGAGCUAGCAGAAGACACUCAUAAAAUACAUUACCAGGAUUGCAGCCUAAAGAAGUCCUCCUUUAUCUGCCUCUGCCUGAACUACUUUGUAAUAUCUGCUUUUCCACUGAUAUAAAAUGACUGAGUGCUACUUUUUACACAACUUUGUAGCUUUGGAACAACUUAAAAGCUACCAAAAAUGUAGUCUGACUUACUGUUUGUGUUUCUGAGCCUUAAUGGAAGGUCUUUAUAGAUUAAAUAGCCCCAGGUUUCAGUAACAGUUAAGAUACUAUCUCUACUUCAUCUAUUAUUGGCCUUGUUUGCUAAGGAGUCAUCAGUGAAGUGGUGAGCACAAACAACCACGUCACAUUCUGCAUUGUAAUCCAACAAUGUAGAAUUAUAUGUAUGUAUCUAAACAUGGGAUGGCAUAGUGGCUCUUCUUUAACUAAACUGUUUUUACACUUUUAUCUGAUUUUCUUUCCAGAGUAUCUUGAUUGCCUUGCCUCUUGCCUUUUUUAGCUGGUGAAACAGUAACUAAGUAAUAGUAUCUGCUGAAUCGGCUCAUCUUUCACUUCGGUACAGAACCACACUGAUUACAACUGAUUUGAAAGUCACUUUUACCCAUAAAAAUCUGCACAGUGACGAAAACCUUGCAUGUUUUCUUUUGUGCAUUCAGCAAAGAACAGAAGAAGUGCUGAGGUAGGAUGGUAUGGUGUCAACACAUUAUGACACAAUGUGGCGCCGAGUGAGUGAACAUCUCCAUUGUGAAACUAAAUCAAGCAUAAAAAGGAACACAAGCAGUUCCUCUCUGUGUUUAUUUAGUGUUCAGCCCAAUACAAUGCAGGCUAGUCUAUGCGAUUUAGCGAGAACAGAGACCGACAGAAUCAGCUUAAGUUUGGGCUUCAUAAAAGUCUGAGAGUAAUAACGUUUUUAUUCUAUUCUGUUUGAAAUGGCUCCAACAUUGUCUCAGUUUCACAUUCGCUUUUAUCUCAAACAUCCUGCUGUGAAAAGACUGAGCAUGUUUGGACUGACCUCCUUUACUUUUGCAUCUCACCAUCUGUCAAAUGCCUGCUGGCAUACUGUAAAUUACAAGUGAAAGUACAGCCAUGCUAACAGCGCUGAGAGCAUGUCUAACACAGUGACAUUUAUUACAUGUAGCUACUUAUGUUUGCUAUGCUCCCACUAUAUAUAGUUUAUAUUUUUAGCUAAGUGGUAGCCUCUGGUGUGCAAAAUAAAGCUGAUUUAGAAAUGGAAUAAACUGCAAUUUUAACAAGAGUUUGUUUGAUACUGUCUUUAAAAGCCAAUAAAUACUCUUGAUAGCUCAAGCAAAUGCACAUUUUUAUAGCAGAAUUAAUCAUGUUUGCAGCCUGGGCUGGGUUGCCAUGCCUCAUUUGUGUCCUUCAUACCAGCUGUAGGAAGAAGGACAGGGUAUUUUUGACAGCCUCAUUAGACAAUAUGUUUCACAAUAUAGAGGCCAAGAUAUGAUACAUGUCCUGCACAAAGUCCACUGCAACAGCUGUUCUGUUGUUACAUCCCUACUGACUAUCAUGGGACAUCACACUAACCCUCUGAUAGAAAGACAUCUGACUACCACACCACUGGGCCACAUCCACUCAUCUGUCAUGCAUACUUCUUCUGUGUAUUUUUUAUUUUUAAGGGAGCAUGUUUAUUUAUACAGACAAAAAUAAAAUAUUACCUCCUCUACUACAACCCACACCCUCUAUAAUAGGAAAAACAAAUGUUUGCACAGAAUAUAUCCACAAUCCAGGUACUGGUUAUUUCAAAAUAGAGUGUACAGACAGACCAACAGAUACUGUAUUUCUGCUAAUGUGGUUAAAAUCUAUCUUAUCCUUGAAUUUUAAUCUUUAUCUUAUCGUCAUACUUGGCUGCAUUGAGUCAUGAAGUCAGUUUGAACUCUGUAUCUUUUGCUGUGUGUGAGUACCUGCACGGAUAUGGGACCAUUAAAAGGUCACACACUCUCCCGAUGAGGCCUUUAUUGCGUCAAAGACUUGCCCUUUCCCAGCCACCAUAGAAGUGUCAGUGGACCUAUCAGUACCACUAACCCCCUGCAGUGUCGACUACAGGCAGGUCAGAGGGUCAGGUUUGUGGGUCAUUGUUAUCAGACUUAAAAUAGGUGACCCAUAUCAUGGUGGUACUGGUAAGAGCAUCAGCAGCUGUUUCCUAAAGUAAGAAUCUUUAUUUUUUCCAGAAACAGCGUUAUUAUCACCCUUUUCACAUCUAUUGAUUAUAUUUUCUGUAAUGUUCUUGGACACUGAAGUUAUCAAUUUGGGCCUAACAAGAGCACAAUGAACACUUUUUAAUGGACACAUGCGGGCACAUUUGCCAGCAAAGGAUCAAGUUGCAGACUUUGCAGCCAGUGUAGCAGAUGUCAGAAACAAACAACUGGAGUAACUACAACAGUCCUUGCAUGUAUUUGUCAGGCACACCAUUAAAUGAGAGAUGUACAGGUGCGGUGAUUGAACAUUGUUAACGAUGCACAGGUGUAGUGAUUGAACUUUGUUAACAAUGCACAGGUGUGUUGGUUGAACAUUGUUAAUGCACAGUAUUGUCCUUCUUUUAAAAACACUGGCCCACUGUCAAAUAGUUUGCCAUGCACGUAUGUCAGUAGCCGAAGUUUAUCUGCAUUUUGGCUCGUCUUAUCUCUUUCUCUAGCUUGCCAACUAAACGCUGGCAGGCUGGUAUACCUGCCUGUAGCUGAUUCAGAGAAAAAGGCUUUUAUUAGGCAGGAGAAGUCACCUGAUGGAAAAACAUGUAAACAUGACAGAGUGGUGGUAGUGUGGGAGUAUUACAAAAAAUAUACAGUUUGCUCCAGUGACAUGUCAAGAGGGACUCAAAAGCAAGGACAGGGAGAGACUUGUUUUGAAUUUAAGCAUUCAUGAAAAGUAGAACCAAAGAGCCACAAAAGUUCUGCAAAUAAAACCAAUAUAAGAAUUCAUAUAGGCUAAAUUGUUAUAUUUAUCAAAGGUAUCAGUUUGGUUCUCUGAAUUGGUGCUGCAUCUCAACGCAAAAUGUAGUAUAUGUUAAGAUCCAUUUUUAGGAAUAAAGAAUGACCCUUUAAACUCUUUCUAACUCUUGUUCAUUUUGUAUGCCAUUUUUUACAUGCAGUCUGAGUAUUUGCAUUGAUUGAUAUACCAAAUUAAUCUUAAACUGCUAGGAUUUAUUAAAUAGACUGCUGUAGACCACAAAAAGAAAAAUUCUAAACAAAAAUCUUUAAAAGCCAGCAGCAAAAAAAGAACUCAGUCUUUCCUCGACUCCAACAGAAGCUUGGGGCGUGACGAGACAGUUGCUCAGACCAGCUCUGGUUACAUUUCCUGCUCUGUUGUGUAAAUGUAACCAUACAGCACGUGUUUCCGUCAACAACAGCUGAUGCAGCUUGGAAGAAGCCAACUAAGGAUGUAAGACGGAGCGAUGAUAAAUGAAAAACAUGUGGAAAAAGUGAGCUAAAAAUACAAAGUAAACACAGGAUGGAAACAAUAAAAGAGGGAAAGGAAAGUGGCCGCGGGUCUUGGUUACAGAAGGGGCUGCAGCACAGCUGAGUCUAUUGAUAGUCACACUGAGAGGAAAUGCACACCAAUACACAGGCAGCAGACAAGCCGGCAUGGCAGGAGACAGGAAAUAGAAAGCCAGCUGAAAAAGGACACAGUGACAGAGCAGACCUUGAGCAUAGCUAGCUAGAACAGUCAAGUGAAUAUGACAGAGGCAAAGCUGAAAGAAAACAGGCAACACAAGAAACAAAGAGAGGAAGAGAAGAAGCCCACACCAACUCAAACCACAUAAUUGACAAAGUGCUCUUUGAGAGACUGAGGAUGCAUCAAAACAAAGUGCAGCAAUAUCUUUGUGCCGAGGGCUGAUAAUGACAGGGCAACACACAAUAUGAUACUUAAUCGAUUAGCUACUAUAACAAUAAUGAAUCUGCAAUAUUUUAUAAAUCUUAAGAUUUAAUGUUACAUCAUAACAACUGUAAAAUAAAAACAUACCUCUGAAAGAUUUAGUGCAGGAUUCAUUUCAUUCAUAGAUAUUUAAAACAGUUGCUAAAGAUUUGGUUUAAUAUUGAACUAACUGGCAGCACCAAUGAAUAAACCAUUUAAAUAGUCAGCCAAAGCAAUAACUCCAAGUUGAAAAACUUUGCAAAGUGAACAGGUGGUCAUGCAAAUUAGAAUCUUGACAAGGUGAGCAGGGUCAUGAUGCAAAUCUCUCUUCAGGCUGCUCCCACAUUGUUGCCCAGGAUCUGUUAUUAUAUCACAACUCAAAGAGCAGUUUAAGAGUAAACUGGCAUUUUAGCCACAGUGUCAACAGGCUAAAAGAUAAAAGAUAAACAUUUCCCAAACAUUUCCCAAAAGGUUCACAAAAUUUAAAUCUUCAACAAAUGAUAAAUUGCGUAAAUUGUUAGCUAAGGUUCUGAAUAAAUGGUCAAAAUAAUGAGCCAAAAUUGUUUGCUGAAAUAGAAUAAAUAGCUGAAAUAGUUAGCUUAAGCAACAGAGAAGCAGAACUGGUGAAAUGUUACCACUUAGCUUCAGUAAUAGGUAGCAUCCUCAAUAUGGAUACUCCAGUGGCGAGACAAAUUUCUAAUGUUAGUCUUCAACAAUUCAGAACAAGCCAUUGUUGGAGAGGAUGAGUUCACCUGGCAGGACUUCGAGUGUUUCUAAUGCCAAAAUAAGUUGUGAAUCACAGGAUUAGAGCAGUAAAACUUUGUGAAAUGUGUUGGAUCUUCUUUUGUAAGACCUUCUUGUAUGCAUGCAUGGUUUUCUCACAGACUGCUUGUGGUUUGAAUCACCAGCUGCUUCAUUUGGUUAAGUACCAGCUACCUGCCUCCCUCUCAAAAUAGCUGUGCAUUAACAAAAGACUGCAGGGCUGGAUGUGGGUGUACGUGCGCCCAUGACAGAUUGCAGGUCCUUUAUCUGUGCUGUAGUUUAGAGAAGCUCUGCUCGUUUGCUGCUUUUAAUGACAGUCUUAAGCACACAGCUGAGCGGCUUCCUGUCCCCCUUCAUUGAGCUGUUAAUGUUAACCAAGCUGCAGUCGUGUGAGACAGACGGGUCUAAUUAUAAGGUGUCCUAUGUCAGAGCUCUGUGCCUCCCUCGCUCUGUUCUCUCUGUCACUUUUUUUGCUUGCUAUAGCCUUUUGUGUUUGGAUUUUGUAAACUGGCAACUGUACUCAGUGACUGUUGGUUUAACUUGAAGAAUAUUUAACUUUCCACUCAUCUGAACAAGAUUGGCUGAAUUUGAAAGGACCUCAAACCACCAAAUAUUUCAAAUUUAGCUUUUCAAAUGCUAUGAGAAAUUUUCCAACUCACUGAUUAUUGUAACCAAGGUUGUUACGAAGUGACUAACUCCUAAUCAGAUAAACAGAGAUUAUUUUAUGACUGUACAACUUAUCUAAAGGCCGAAAGCUGAAAUAGAGAGCCUGCAUGCACACAAUGUCAAGUUGGUAUACGCUGUUUUACAAGUUUAAGCGGAUCUAACGCCACCAGCUCUUGGUCCUCCUCUCCAGUUAAUGCCAACAGUUUAAGAGAUCUUGCUUCUCUAGUUAUACCAAUUUUAAUAACAACAGCAUGAUAGCAAUACACAGCGGUCUACAUCUCCAUGUACAAACCUCAACCAAAAAGCCACUCAUAGUCACAUAUAAUGCUCAGAACAGCACCUAACUUCAUCAACAGAACAUGUAGGGUCCCAGCCACAGCACUAGCCACCAAACAUCUUUUUAACUUUGCCUGUUUUCUUUAGCAAAGAGACCAAACACAACUCACCCACUCUCUUCCAGCAGCCACUUGUUUGUGGGGGUGCCCUGACGAGUCGAUCAUGGAGUGUGGUCAUUACUUAAGUUGGUAUAACUAGAGAAGCAAGCGGUCUGCAACAUUCAUCUCUCAAGGGGGUGUCUAACUCAAUGUUAUGGUGUGUUUGACCCUAACUUAAAUUUACCCGGAAUAUCCCUUUAUUGCUCACCUGCCUGUGCUGGCUAUGUAUAUCUCUGGUUGGGUGUUUAUAUAUGAGCUUAACCACACACAGCUAAUGUUUCUCCAUUGUAGUUCAAAAUUCUGCCAAACUAAGCUGUGCUACAUGAUUCUGUUACAUCUUACGCUCAGCAUUUGUGACUUGUGGCCUCCAUUGAUAAAAAACAUAACUAAUUUAAGAUUUAGUUCAAAGCCUCAGGAAAAUCUAAAAUCAUAACCUGUGUGUAAAUCAAGGAGACUGAAAAAGUGAACAUGGGUUAGGACAGAAGUUGGUGAAAAUGUAAACAGAGGAAGAGAAGGAUGGGGGUUUGUUUAUGAAAUGCUUUGGAUCAUUAGUCAGUCUCCACAAAAGCUGAUGUCGCUCCUGAAGAACAUUGUGUCCUAGCUUAGACAGGGGCCCCAAGCCGUGUGUGUGUGUCUGUGUGUGUCUGUGUGUGUGUUUUAAUUACACUGAGUACUGAAGCAGGACUGACAGAAUUGGGGGGAUGAAAAGAAAACAGGGGUGGUUCAUGUUCUUGGAUAACUUCAAGGGUUUUUCUGGAGCUCAAUGAGUUUUCCUAGAAGUCUUGUCGAGUGAACCUCACUGGCUUUUGUCCACAUUCUUCUGAGAACAGUCCCUCACAGACAUCUAACCGCCUGUGACCAAAGCUGAGGGGAAAAAAAACCUGUUGCUGCUGACUGAGGCACUGUCACAUGCACACACAAGCGAGCACGCACACACACACACACACACACACACACACACACACACACACACACACACACUAACAUACAUAACCACAAAGUCAUCUGGAGUAUGGAGCAUGUGCUUAGUGUGUAAUGUAUGUGUGUGUGAUGACCCCUCACAUGAUCUUGAGCACACAUGUUCCUCUCUUAUGUAACAGCUGCUCCUCAUGGACGGUAACAGGAGAAAGUUCUGAAUCCAGAUGAAGUUGUUCUUUUUGAGAUGUUCUGUGCUGUUUGCUGUGAAAUGUGCUCUUAGACAGAAAGGCUCUGUAGAAGAACUUUUCUGAUCCUAAACUGUGAGAUGUUAGUCUUGUUGUGACUGGCCAUGUUGUUCAGGCUUCUUUUGUUUUGCUGUCAGAGUAUCCUUCUUUGUUUCUUUGAAAACUCCUUUCUUUAGAUAUUACUUUAUAAAUGAAAGUGUUUUAUUACAAACCAAGUGAUUUUUAUAUUUCAUUGAUUACACACCAGUAUAAACAUCCAACACAAUUUCCAUAAGAGUUGGGAUGUUGUGUGAAGUUCCCAUAAAAUCAGGUUUUGAUGACUUAACUGCAUUUCUGACUGAAAAUAGUAGAAGACAACAUGUUUAAUGCGAAAACUGGAAAGUGUUAUUGUUACAUGAUACCUACAAAUUUUAAAUUUGCUGCUGGCAAAACAUUUUAAAGCUGUUGGGUCAGAGGCAUGUUUACCAACCCUUCUUUUAAAACUACUCUUUUAAAGGUUUGGGAAUCCAAGAGAUCGGUUUCUAGAAUUUAAAACUGAAAUGUUGUCCUAAUGUAGCCAUUAGGAGGAGUUGCAGGCGUUCCAGUUUUUUACCCAGACCCUUAGACCACAGAGCCAUUCUGUUGUAUUGUAUCUAAAAUGUAAAUUGACCUCCUCUUGCUGUAUUAUAAAAGGUCCUCCCUGAAAAUGUAUUGUCUGGAUGGUAGAGCAUGUUGCUCCAAAACCUACAUAUUACAUUCAACAAUGGUGAUUCCUUCCUAGAUAUAUAAGCUAACCAUGCUGUGGGCUCUUAUGUAUUCCCAUAUCAUUAUGGAGGCUGGCUUUUUGAGUGUGCCCCGAUAAGAAGCUGGGUGGUCCCUCUGGUCUUUAGAGUCUAUUGUUUCCAAAAACAAUGUGAAGUUUUGUGGUCAGACCUCAGGACAGCCUCCACUUUGCCUUAGUUCAUAUCAAAGGGGCUCAGGCCCAGACAACUCGCCGGUAUUUCUGUCUGCUGUUUAUAUGGGAUUUUCUCUUUGCAUGGUACAGUUUUAAGCUGCAUUUUUUCUUAUUACGCUGGAAUUGCUUUUUAUACUCAGUUAUGUUACUAGACCAUUGGAAAUAAACCUAACCAAAUAAGAAAUGUCACACCACUUUUUAAAUUGUUUUGUUGUUCAUGUCCCAAACUCUUUUGAAAUAUAUUAGCAUCGUACUGUAAAUGAGCAACUAUCCAUCACAAAACAGUCAAACUGCAAACUAUCAGGAUUAUUUUUAUCAACAUAUAACACAGCUUCACAAAUCUUUUGGAUCAGAGGUUGUGCCUAAAAAUGUUUCGUGUUAAUUAAGUGUGUUUUGCUCUCUCACCACCUCUUUGACUGGCAUCUUUACUAGAUUCCUCCCUCUGAUAGACAUCCGUGUUCAACAGUAUAGAUGAAAAUGUUCUUAUCUGUUUUUCCAUAUCAUCCUUUUAUAUAAUGACAUGUUCUUGCCAAGUAUGACCAAAUCAGCACCGUGCUUUUGUUUACUUCAUGUUGUAAAUACUGUACAGCUUAUCAGUUCCAGCUUUAUAGGAGAUCAUAGACCUGCAAAAAUAUAAAACACUCUACUUCCUUUACAUAAGGCUGAGCCACACUGAACCUCAGCAAACAGUCCUGACCUUUUGUCCUCGGCUGUAAUUAGUGUUUUCGCGCUACUACUGUCACCAACACACUCAUCCGUCAUUCUGUGCUGCUGUGAUGUCAAAAGCUCUUUCCAAGGUCUGUUUCCAAACCACUCCAGUUUACUCAGAAUUCCCCAGAUUACACUUAGGGGACAAAAACACACUGGCUCUCUACAACAUACACACUAAUACAUUUUCUCCCCCACAUAAACCCCUGUCCAGUUUUGCUGUAGCCCAUCCCCCUAUUUUGUUACAUAAUCUGCACUCCUGGAGUUGCAGCAUGACGCAAUAACUGAACAACUAACCGGACUCAAUGUUGAUUUUGGAUCGCUCUCACUCCUGGCAGUGUUGAGUGUUUUUGUGCGUGUGCACUUAGUGUUGUCAGUUUUCACAUCAGAGGAUCAUAAAAUCUUUUUAUCCCUCUGCCUUGCUGCAGAUUUGGCUUCUUUACAGAAAGUUAAUGACGACAGAGAAACUAUUUAUACGGUCCUUGUUUGGAAAUACUUUGUGCUAGGACAGAAUGUGUUCAUAUCGACCCAAUGUACAAAGUCCGCAGAUUUUAUUUCCGAUCCAGCAAAUAUGUGAACAGCUUAGAAAACAUUGUAAACAGUUUAAAUGGGUCAAAACUAGCUCCCACUUCCUCUAAGCCGUCACAAACAAAGGCUGCCUGUGUGCUGCUGUCCCCACCUGCCUCUUGAAAUUCAUUCCACUUCUGAGCAAUUAGGCAACAAACCAAACUGAGGCAACUGCAGCAACCAGAGACGUCAAUACUCAAAGCUGCCAAAGUACACACACACACAGAAAAAAAUAAACAUUUCUGCAGGCAGCAGCUUUUCUUAGAAGUACUCUGCUGUUUCUUGAUAUCAGUUUUCUCUGAUUGUGAAAUACUGUUUUCGAGUGAUCUUCAGUGUGCACGCCUCUGUUUAUGUUUUGAGUUUUAUGAUGUGUAGGUGACGUAUGAGUUACCUCCCCUACUCCUCCGGCACCCUGACACCGUACUCCCAUCCCCCCUCUUCUCCAGAUUGUGCUGCAUAAUACAUCUCCAUUAUGUAAUCCCCCCCAGUUGCCCCCCUGCUCCAACACACUCCCCCACAGAUACAGUCAGAGUUGAUACUGGUGGCCCAUCCCCCACCGCCACCACCUGCCCCAGUUGGAGAAAUCACAGGGUUGGAUUGGAAAAGACUGAGCUACUUAACAACCAAACACUCAAGCCCAUUAAGUCAGGGUCACACAUAGGUUGACUAGCAUGUCGGCAUGGCGCUGUAGCUGCUGAUCAGAUCACAGGAUUUGUUUAUAUGUGGAGUGGUUAAAAAGGCUGUGAAUAAUACCAGACUGCUUUAUGUUGUAGUGUGCUUUGAGUAAAAGAUGCUGCAUGACUGUAUAUGCAUGGCAGCAUUUUCCCCUGAUGUCAUCCUUAGGAGUAUAGACUAGACAAAAAAAAGAAGGCAUUACAGCUCCCCAAAAGUGUAGCCAAAGCAUUUGAGGCCCUCUCUACUGACUGGUUGUAACAGACCCAACCCUUCUUUCAGCACCCUCUUGGGUGGGCUGCAAAAGCCCAUAAAAUCCCAUUUACACUGGUGUGAAAAUGUCUGAUUUUAAGGCUGCAUAUAGAAUUGAAUUGUUGUCCGAUCACACAUGUGAUUAUGUAAAGAUCAAGAGUUCUGCACAAGUAGGAGCAUGGCUGAUGUGACAGGAGGGUGCAAUGUAGCUUCAAGGCCAUGGUUUCAACCACCAUCUCUGGGCUUCUUAAUGCCUCUUUAGAAACCAGUGUGUCAUUGAAGUCUCAUUCUUGUUCGUACUCUGAGAUAGAGUCAGAUGUAUAAAGUUCUGCGGUUACUUAUGUACUGAACUCUGCAACAGCCUAAUAUUGGCGUUUUGAUGCGUGAUUACACAUACGCUAACUGCUGUACUGCCCUGCUGCACAAGUUGCCCCCACUUGCCUCCAUUACUCCAUUAGACUGCUUCUUUGUUAUAUAAAGGCUGUAGUGUCGACAUCUAAUCACCUAAAAGGUAAGCCCUCGCUAAAUCUAUUAGUUGUAAGGCUAAAUGAACUAACUACCCAGUAGGGCUUAACUUAAGCAGAAGCUUUGAUCAAUUACGCCAAGCAUUCAAUCGAUCAAAAACAAAAAUUUCAGCGUAUACGAUCCUAUUUGAUCAAAAUCCAGGGAAUUUAGUUGUUUUGAGUCCGUCACCAAAGAUUUGAACCCUCUCAUACCUGUUUUAAAAAGUUAUGUGCAGCUGGUUGCUGCCAGUGUGGUUCAACACCCUUGGUUUUUUGCUUGGUCCAUCAGUUUGAAGUCCUGUCCGCAUGCAGAUCAUCUGUUGUGAUAGCAGAAGGGAGUAAGGAUUUCAGAAUGUUUAAAUAUACUGAAGUUUCUUAGGAAAACAUGCUGCUGUCAAAUAUUGUUCAAAGAUCAGAAACAUUUAGAAAAGACAAACCAAAGGGGGCAGGGAGAGACACAGCUCUGUGCGUAGAGAGGGGGAAGCUGUAGGUGUGGGUAUGCCGGUUGACAUUUUACAGUGUUAAAUGUUCAUAAAUCAAAAGUUAAAAAGAGACAAACAUGUUUGGAGACGGCAUGCCCAUCAAAAGUAGCAGUUGCUGCUGUUAUGUACUGCUGGAUUAUGAUUUUCUAACGGCUAUGGCACGAAGCCAUCAGCUGCUCCAUGAUAAAUGACUUCAGAAACUGAUUCUGUGUCUCCUCUCUUCUAGGAAACACCCAACUCUGUUUUCCUGGUCAUGGAGGUAAGUGCAGAAACGUGACUGGAUAUGUUAUCAAUCACAGCCCACAUUCUUCUCAUCUUUUAAAAUCCUUUCUUCGGUAAAAGCAACAUAAGAAGUUAUUUUAUGCAUGCACUCAUUACCAGAAAAAGAAAACAAAUCCAACACAGGCUCUCUGCAUGCAUCCACCCCAGUCUUUCUUGUUUUCCUCUUUGGUCUUUUCUUCAUUGUGUCUAAUUUUCCUCCCCUCUCUUGUUGACAACCCUGGCAUCCUCUCUUACUUUCCUCGCUCAUUUCGCAACACUCUCAGCUGGCUGCAGAGUAGAAAACAAACCAUGACUGCAACUCAGGUUACUCUACGAAAAUACACCCUUCUGAUUUCUAGGAAUCAUACUCCCUGAAAGCCUUGGCCAAAAGAACUUGUUUUGAUCUAUGUUUAGACUUGUCUACUGUAGACUACAUGAGCUAUCCUGUGAAACUGCCAAAUGACAAGGUUAUAUUAACUCAUGGAUAUCCAAUCUGCACAGGUGAAAGAGGAGACGAGCAGUUGGUUGCUUUACAUAAACGGCUUUCUGGUGUCAUAAUUUCAACUGUAGGAUUGUUUAAAAAAGCCGCACAGAGAGGGUCAUGCCCUUGUUGCUCAGUCUGGCUCAGUCGUUGCAUAGUCCACAUAUUUUGCUCGGCAUGAAAAGCUGAUCUUACUCAAAUAUCUCUGGAAGUAGUAGAUGCAAGUGUUUUCAAAGAUAAGAGCGCACUGAGCCAGCUGUGAUCCUAAUAAAGAGAAAAUUCAUUCCCAGUUCUCAGUCUGGAGGCUAAAAACACAAUUAAUUUGUUGGAAUAAUACUUAAAAGGAAAACUGAUGUUUGACUUGGAAGAUUUUUUUGCUGCGUUCUGCCAACCUACAGUUCAAGGAAUAGUUUGAAUUGGUCUCAGUUCAGCUGUGUUGAAGCUGUAAGUGAGCCAAACAGCACAACAACAGAACAGAUAGUGAAGCUUUCGGCAUACCUCUAUGAAUUUUCAUGCAGAGCUGAAGUGCGAAGCUUUGCCGAGCCAAAACUAAGUCCUUCAUAUGAAGGUGAAGGCAGCUAUUCCCUUCCUAUACAGCAGCAAAACCCUUUUAUCUUGGGCUUUUACUCUGAAUAAAGAGCUUUCUGCACUGCUGUAAGCGGGGUACACCCUAAACCAGAAUCAGUCUUAUUUUGGGCACUUCUCCCCUUCUGAAAAAAGUCAGCAAAGCGUAGUAUUUGAUUGUUUUUAAGAUCAUUUUAUCAGGUUUUCCUCUGAGAUAAAAGUAGAAUGUUCUCAUUCAAGAAAUGUCCUUGUCUUUACAGGGAAUUUUACAUUUAGAUUAACUGAUUAGUCUUGAGGUAAAAAAAAAACACACAGAAAACAGUCAAAACUGAGCACAAUUUUUAACAUGCCAAAAAGUAGAGAUUUCAGCGUUAGCUUGAUAAAAAGUGCGACUUAUGAUUCAGAACUAGCACCAUCAGCUCUUGGUAGUGCAGGUAACAUUCAUGCGCCUUUGCUGGUUAUGCAUUUCUCAACUAAGUGGUUAUAUGCCAGUUUAAUCAGACAUAGGCUACACACAAAUGCCUGACAAGAUGCCAUCUGUCAUGUGUACUUGUAAUUAUCAUAGUAGAGCGUUGUAAGCUUACGGUAGAAUUCACCUCUGGGCUUCAGCCUAUGCAAGUGGCUUGUGAUAACUAGCACCAAGAGAGCUUUUAUGGAAUCUUUGAGCCACAUUUAAGCUGUUCUGUCUUGGCCAUAUUGAUGGAAGACCUGAACUUUCUGUGCUGUUAUCUCUUGCAUUGCUGAUGGUUGCAAAGUGCUGUUUGUCCAGCAGACCAACAGGAUUACACACUGUGGAUCCCACUAGUUUUGCAGCAGUCUAAAACUUAAAUCAAUCUUUCUUGUCUUUGCUUAUCCACUCAGCAGUUCACUGUCUUUCAACCCACCACAACAACCUAAUCCUUCUGUUCUUGUUGUCCCUCUUGAGAACUAACUGCACUCGUCGUGGUCAGCACAGAUAAAGAGACAGCCAAUCAGCAGAUUAAUUAACAAGCCACUCUUACACACAGACAAAACACCAAAAUGUUCCUCUGAGCUUUUCACCUGCUGCACCUGGAUGUUAAUGUUGCUGAUACUGAUUGUUUGUUUCCCCCAUAUGCAGUACUGCAACGGAGGUGAUCUUGCGGACUAUCUGCAAGGUAAGCAUCCCACUAAUCUGUCUGCACCCCUCAUACACACACAGAUUAUUGUUCAUCAUGACAAAGUUGCUAAUGCUGCAGAGGAGGAAAAGCCAUGUGACUGCAGCUGUUAUGGGAGUAGGUGUGGGAAUGUGAGCACGUUUUUGUGCAUUCAUUAUUUAUGAGUAAUGGUGAGUUUGUAGAAUAAUGCAGGUCUGUGUUAUUAUGUGGGGAUGUUAAAGAGAGAAAGAAAGUGUGUGUGUGUGUGUGUGUGUGUGUGUGUGUGUGUGUGUGUCUAUCAGUGUGUUUGUAUGUGUUCAUGUUUCUAUGUGGGGGAUGUUUCUCACCAUGGCUCUGUACAAAGGGUUCCUUUUCUUGUUCAGAGCCAGUCAGCACAGUGUUUAUGCUAUUGUGUCACUUUCUAACAAAGGUCAGCAUUUCUGCUGGUAGGCAACAAGUUAGCUUAAAGGAUAAAUCUGCUGUUACAUAUUUUGUUAAAUGAACUGUGUGUUUAAUAAACUGUCUGGCUGGCUCAGAUUGCCGACCUUAGUGUUAAGCACAUUACAGAAAGGGUCCAGGCAGAGAAGGACCUUUUUGUGAGAGGGGAAUAUAAAUAUACUAUGUACUUUUAAAAUUCCUAAACAGCUGUUACUUGUCCUCAGAGCUGCAAUACUACAGACCUGUUUUAAAUAUUCCAAUAUCCCUAAAAGCAAAAACAUGAAGAUCAGAAAAUAAUAAGUUAUACCUAAAAACUCAAGUUUGUUUCAGUGACGCCCUUCUAUUACUGAUCUAUUUAUAACUCAGUUUUGCAUAAAUACUGUGUGGCUGUGUGGUGUGUAGCUGUCUUUAUGUCUUUAUAUCAUACCUAUAGGGUUACUUGUCUGACAGCCAAGACAAGCGAAAAAACCAGACCAGCUACUUUUAUGUUUAUGUACUUGUACCUAAGAUUCCAGACAGACUCUUCCACGUGCCUCGUUGCCUUGGGGUGAGAGAUAUUUACAUGUCCUCAGUCACCUAGGAGUAAUAAAAAUAGUUUCCUUCCGUUAAACACUUUUAAGACCUGCUAAUAAAAGAUUUUAUUUUAAAACACUUAUGAUACUAUUCAGUUAAAGAAGAUUUGUUAUUUAACAAGACAAAUAAAAAGUCAUGGCAAAAGCAAAAUAUAACACCAAAAAAUUGCACAAUCCUUUUCAUACUAAUCUGAACACUUUCAGAUAUUUUCAAGGUAGCCGAGUUCACCAUAUUUGGCACAGAAGUUACCAGUUAAAAUCACAAACAGAACAUUCAAGGAGUGGAUGCACAGCCUCUUUCACAUAAAUAUUCAUAAAAUUAUUUUUUUGAUAUUUUAGGCCCUCUGCCCGGAAAUUUUCUAAAGUUGCUUGUUCACACGUCCUGCAUGGUGUAAAGUUCUCGCCAUUGAACAGAGGGAUGGUAGGGAGAUGAGUCUUGAAAGCAGGAUGUGUGAUGCACAUGGCUGACAAAGCAUGAGAGAACUACGCCAUCGUGACAGUAAUUGCAUUUGUAUCAAUGCUACCUGCAAACUUUGUACAGAGAUUCGUACUGGUUUCCUCCUGAGAAUGUCUCUGAGCUUUUUGAUUGUGCGAAAUGUCACUAGUCAUAUAAUAUGAAAAGCAUUGCCCCUGUCUCUCUUACUUGCUGUAAAUUUCCCAAAUGCUUCCCUCUGUGUUCCCACAUGGGCUCACUAUUUGUGGAAAUUUUACAAGAGAGCUAUCUGGAAAUUUUCCAGAAACACAGGAGGAUAACUGUGCUGUUUGUGUUCACACGUGCAGCUCACCCUGAAAAUCUCUUGAAGGGUCUGAAAUGCUCAUAUGAGUGAAUACACUCUAAUUCUAAUGUUUCUGCUCUAAAUAGUUUCAAAGAGUUAAAAUCAGGUUGCUCAUUAGAACCCCUGCAAAGGAAUGGCAGUUUGCCAAUACAUCUGUUAGAUAAGCGCAGGUGUUUACACCUCUGCUCCAUAAAAACACUGAUUGUGUGGUCAGAACAGCCCCUCUCUUAUCACUGUACUUUUGCAUAAUGUACCUGCCCCACAUGACUACAUUAACAGUGAACACAAUGGGUCACGGUCAGACUUCAGAUGGUCUCAUCUUGAGUAACACUUACCCCACAGGUUUUAAUUUCACAACCAUCACAGUGUUACAUUAUUCUGUACAAAACUGUAUGUCCGUCUGGAUGUCAUUAGUCACGUUGAACCCUGUGUAGGUAAACGACCAUCUCUCUCAUUAUAUAAGAGGAUCUCACUAGUGAAUGAUUCCACCACUUACACAACUUUUCCAUGUUAGUAGUGGGUCCACUGUGGUGGGCACAGAGCAGCUAACCUCUCAAAUCCUAGAUUAAUGUUGAUAAGCUUACCGGUUUGAUCUUCGCUUGCUCUGUAAUCAUGAGGUGAUAAAGGGAGAGAAAAAGGAGGAAGAAUGAAAAGAGAGGAAAAGAGAGAGAGAGAGAGAGAGGAAUCCUCUUAGACUCACAUCGGAUUAGACUUCUUUCACUACUAGAGAAGAAGAGCUUCAUCGCCUCAAUUUACACUAUUUACUCCAGGAUUAGGACUGUAACAUGCUCAUUAUUAGCUUAAAUCAAGUGAGACUGAUAAAGACUUUCACAGAGUUGAAGCUGCUUUUUUUUGCUUAUGAGGCAAGACAAGAAAAAUGAGAAGCGCUGAGUUAUUGCAUGUAUUUAUUUCUCUAAAUCGUGACUCUGCAGGAGGCCGGUCAUUAACAAGCUUUAUCAGGCAGCAGGAAGCAUCAGAAUGAGAUCAUUCGUACAGCCUAGGAAUAACUAUACUUGGAAAUGUUCAUGCAUCUUUAUGAGUAGGUUUAAUUGAAGGUGUCUUGUGCAUUUUUUUGCAUUCAGUGUUACUCUGCAAACUGGAAAAGGUGUGACAAAUGUGUCAGGUACUUUCUCUUUCAUAGAAAAACACUGGCUUAGCGGAUUUCUUCCAAAAGGGAACGAUAAUUAGAGUAAUUUACUAAAAUAGGAUUUAAUCCCCCAAGAAUACAGAGUGGCUAGAGAGGUAACCACCUUGGCUUUUUAUGCUAAUCACAUCCACUUUAGAAGUCCAGAGAGAAAUCUUACCUCUAGAUAUUAAAGGCUGAAAAUUAGGUAUGAAUUGCUUUGAUCGAGUGUAAAUAUCUGCAAACGGAAUUUCCUUGUUUGGUCUCUUGAAAUGAAACAUAAAACUUAUUUCACUGACAGAAGCAUUUUUAUUUCAAACCUGACAAAUCCUCUUUUUUAAAAUCUUCUUUUCUUUAGCUAAGGGGACGCUGAGAGAAGACACCCUGAGGGUUUUCCUGCAACAGAUCGCUGCAGCCAUGCGCAUCCUCAACAGCAAAGGAAUCAUCCACCGUGACUUGAAACCACAAAACAUCUUGCUUUCAUACGCGGGCCGCAAGAAGUCCAAUAUCAGCGGCAUUCGCAUCAAAAUAGGUACAAGAAAUCAUAUAAUGUUGAAAAGAAUUGAUAUUAAGUGGGUGCCUGUGCAUGGGUUUAGAGAGCUGUUUUUUAUAAAUCCCAUCGUCUGACGACAGCAAUAUUAAACAUGACUUGAAAUCUUUGCAAGUGUCUUUAUUUUGUCAUGUUUUAUGAUGUCAUGUUUCACCAGUCCAGACUUCAGACGCCUAAUCAUACUACUCGCCGUAGACAAAGCUGCAACUGAGCAUGUAAUUUGUAUUUUUCCCAUUUUCUGUGUCUCAUGGCUCUCGGACUAAAAGCUACUCCGCUGCCCACAAUCAAAACAUCAUAAUUUGGCACUGGACUAAAGAAACUCAUUAUUUUCUGUCAACACUGGUGGUGUUUCCAGUCACUAUCUUGGCUCUGUUUUGUGUGCAACUUGUGUUACUGUUCCGAGUGUUUUGUCUUGUGUGCAUGCUCUAGAGUCCAGCCAUAGUGGUUUAUGUUGCAUGUAAAAAUAACCCACGUGUUUACUGACCCGUUUCUCUCCUGCCUCUGUCCUGCAGCUGAUUUUGGCUUCGCACGGUACCUCCAGAGCAACAUGAUGGCAGCCACUCUGUGCGGCUCGCCCAUGUACAUGGUGAGUGUGCUUUACUGCCUGUGCGUGAUAGCAGCUGAGCUCAGUCCUUUUUGAAAAUGAGCAGUGAGCUUUCUCAGCAGUAUGUUGCAUAACUCCCGCUGCCUGCUCUGGAUCUUUACUCCUGACCUCUAACCUCAACAGGCCCCUGAGGUCAUCAUGUCACAGAACUAUGAUGCAAAAGCUGACCUGUGGAGCAUAGGCACUGUCAUCUACCAGUGUCUGGUUGGCAAGCCACCAUUCCAGGUUAGUGUAGUACACAGCAGACCAGUAACAAAGAUUUUACAGAUACAUGUGUUUUCAGAUCUGAUAUUUAUAUUUCUAUUUUCAGGCGAAUAGUCCCCAAGAUCUGAGGAUGUUCUACGAGAAGAACAAGAAUCUGCAGCCUAUGUGAGCCUCCACUUAUUUACAAAAGCUUCAUUGUAGUUAUUCUUAUUUUUUGAGUACCUUUAUGUAUUUAAUUGGUAAACUCUUAUUAAUGUAAUAUUUCUAAUCUAAUAUUUUUGUAUUAAUUUAAUUUGCUUCAUAUUUUAUUUUGUUUUAGAUGAAGUAUUAAUUAUGUGUUCAAUUGUAUUAUUUAGGUGCUGGGUAUAGAAUCUAAUUGUUAUGUUGUUAAAAAUCCUAAAAUCCAGAGGAUGGAUCAUAGCAGAGGCUGUGAUUAAUUAAGAUCAAUGCCUAAUUGCUAAAAUGCCUCUAGUUAUUUCUGAACUUCAUUAUAAUCCCUAUUUGCCAUUCUGAGGUAAAAAAUUAAGGUUAUUGCCAGCCUGUUACAAAACAGUCCAUGUAAAUCAUUCAGGAUUUGAGGGUGAGGCCAAGGCCAGCCUGGAUCUGCCCUGUCUGACCCACCCUUAUGUAUCCUCCCCAGCAAUCCAGCCCUAUUAACCUGGGUCCAUGGCUUACAUACAACAACAGGGCACCCGAUUGUCUGGCAUAUAUAUUGACUUUCCUUACAAUGACAGUUUUGAAGUCACAUCAUGUCAUUAUAAUGCCUAAAAUAAGUCAUUGUGAAUGGCUGCAUGGACAUGUGACCUUUCCAUAUAUGAUUAUUCUGUGCAGUGAGGAGACAGAUGUUGCAGGCAAAAACUGUGGGUUAAUAACACAGAUCUUGGUUUCAAACAGGAUUAACAGAGACUUGGGUCUGCACUGCAGUGUGUUAAAUUUUUCUCUGAUAAUCCACUCUAGAGGAGCAGGAAGCUCUUAUUAUCCAACAAAAUUUUAUAUCACAUCAUCACAGCAGUCCUUAAAGACAUGCUUUAUUGCUCUGCAGUUUAUUAAAUACUCGCCUGGAUCUCAGUUUCUCUGCUCCAAGCCUGCACCAUAGUUUGCUAUCAUCUUUUAAUGUGUUUUAAAGGCUUAUAAAGGCAAACACAACUUCAUGUACUUAUGCCUUUAAAGUUGCAUUAAUCCAUGGAGUCAGUCACAGCUAUUUCAGCUGUACAUUUGUCUAUAAUAGUUAGCUAAUAACAUGGCAAACAGGUAAAUGCUCUGUCUUUGAAACAGCAGUAUUAAUCUUAUGAGCAUGUCAGCCUCAUGUUGGUUAUUUUGCUCAUGGCUCAGCUGUGUCAAAGUCAAACAUCGCAGAGCCACCAGCCCUGCUGUUGACUGUUUUCUAUUUAUGUCUUUAUGCUACAUUUCAAAUGGCAUCUUUAUCAACUGACAAAAACUGAUGUCGUACUUUGUGACGCACAUCGAAACCAAGAUUAUUAGAUCAGACAGAGUGACAUGCAGCCAACUUGUCAGAAACAAUGUUGUUAAUGUUCGCAUGCUCUCAUCACCCAGCAUCCCCAGGGAAACGUCUCCACAGCUUAGCGACCUUUUGCUCGGGCUGCUGCAGAGGAAUCAGAAAGACAGGAUGGACUUUGGUGAGUGAAGGCUUUAAAAAAAGAGUCUUUUUAAUAGUAAAUGAUUCAUACAUUGCCCGACUUUGAUUAUUUUUGUAAUGGUAAUUUAAUCUCUGCCCUCUGCAGACGCGUUUUUCAGCCAUCCUUUCCUGGAGCCGACAUCCACGAUCAAAAAAUGUAAGUUCCCACACCUGACAAAACCAGAUUACUGCCUGUGACUUAAAAACAUGAUUAAUUAGGCAUUUGCUCCUCUCAGCUUGCCCAGUGCCGGUCCCCAGUGCCUCCAACACAGUGACGGACAGCUCCUGUGGCAGCUCUCCUUGCAUCCGCUACAACUCUCCUCCUGUGAGUUUGAUUUACUUUAUUAAUCCUCAUUCAGAGGAGAUUAUACUCACACUCAAACAAAGGGAUUAAAAUAUUUACAGAGACUCCCUGUUGCGCUCUUAUUUGGCCUCUGUGGUUGAAGUACAAACAGUCCUUAAAAAGUAAAACAAGAGCCCCUUUCACACAUGCAAAAAAAAAGAUGUCUAUACUGAGUGGACGACAUGUGGGAAGACAAAUGGACAGAUAUUUUUUCCCUUCUUGAGUGCUCCAUUUCAGACCCUCAGUAAAAUUUCCUCAAGAAGUAGGUGUGUGCUGUUGUGUGAACUGAGAAGUGCACCACUAGUUAGAGCAAUCUCUUACACAGUGGCAGAUCUCAUCUCCCGGCAGCAUCAGUGGGAAUGAAGGGCAAGUCUAUUUCCCAGGAUGUCGGAGUCCACUGUAACAAUGUGAUUACAUUAGUUUGACAGUCAUCACAGCCCUGCCUGGAGGCUUUAAUUGCAUCUUUCAGAGGCACACCACAAUUUAAUCCUGUUUUUUCCCUCUCUCUCUCGCCCUCAUUUUUCCCCUGUCUCUCUUUGUCUGAAAUGCUCAGUCUCUUCCUGACAUGCAGACACUCGCAGAAGAUGGUCUGUCGUCUCCUCCGCUUGGCCCGCCCAACUUCUUGCAGCUCUCCAAAGAGUCAGCAGGAAGCACGAGCAGUAAGAACUCGUCCUGUGACACUGAUGACUUUGUCCUGGUGCCCAACAUCUCUACUGACAGCUGUAAGUUUCAACACAUACCCAACAAAUCAAAAGAAUAAAAAAAACAUGCAGGUUUUAAUCCUGGAAAACUUUGUAGAGCAGCUGCUGUUAUUUCUUUAUUGCAAAAUGCAGAAAUGAAUUCCAUGAAGCUGCUCCAUUUAAGAAAAAAUCUUGAUGAAUUGGUUGACCUAUUUUUGCAUUAUCCUUGCCAUUGAUGUGUAUAUUACCUCAUAAUUACAUUAGCCUCCAUUUCUGCUUAAUUCGCUGAAUCUUUGGUACAGUUGCCAACAAGGGAAGACAGUCUGCAACAGUCAUUAAUGGAAGAACAGGCUGCAAAUGCUCCAAAAUCCAAACUCAAAACAAACGUUCAAAAGAAACACAACAUCGCUUAAUAUAAAAACAUAGUAAAACAACUGCUUCAUUAACAACUGCAUUGCAAAUAGACGAAUAAUACAUGGCCAAAAACAUGAGGAACCACUUAAUAACUGCAAAAGACACACGCUGCAAACCCAGACUUCACAAUGGAAGUGCUGACUGGGGAGAACCUGACAAAAGAAAGAAAGGAUGUUAUUUUCUUUGUGACUUAACUGAAAUACAAAUGCGUAUUGUUUGGUACCUCCUUCUUUUCAAAGUCAGCUAACAGCAUGCGUCACCUUUGCAUGUUGCUGUUACUGGAGCCAUUCCUCGAAUGCUUUGGAAUGAAUAAUCUCACUGACCAUCAUGAGUUACGUCUUUAUUCAUCAUCUCUUUGUUAAUCUGUUAUCAUAACCCAGGUCUAAGCAUAUCUUUUGGUUUUCUCAAACUGGGCAUACUCUGGAUGUCAGACUGUCUGGAGUGGUUAUGUAAUGAGAAAAAGAGGAAGUACCUAAACUGGUAAUCAUUCUCAGAAGAAGUUUCUGUUGUUUUCAUUUAGCGGUUAAUGCUCCCUUAAGCUUUCAGGCUCAGUUUUAAUGACCCCAGAGGGAAAACGGUUUGCUGAUGUCUGUGCGCAGAAGUUCAGGGAAAUCACCACCUGGACUGCUUUUUAGUUAGAUAUACGUAAACACAUAUAUACCAUACUUUUUGCUUUUUGUAUUUGUUUUUGCUUAUUUAACAUGAAAUCCACGUGACUCAUGUACAAAGUGUGAACAUGUGGUCAUAUUUUCUGUAGCAGCAUGCAGAUGUCUCACAAUUUACACUUAUUUAUAGACACAUAGGGGCUAUGAAACACAUGAUGUGAAGUCACAUUCAUUACCUGCCCAUGAUUCCGGGUGCACCCACACACAUGCACACACAGAGCACAUGUCACCAAAUCCACAGACAGUAAGUGAGACAGCUGCUCACCAUUUCACUGCUGUAAUUGUAGACAGCAGUCCACAAACGAAAGACACUUACACUCACCCUGUUGACUGUGAAAAUGAGCCCUCCUGCUCUGCACCUGCUGCACCACAAACACACACUCAUACACACAAAGACACAAAGACACACGGUCACCUGCUAGUCCUUCAAACAAGUAACAAAAAGCAGAGCAUUACAAGUGUCAGCUGGCUUUUUUUCAGUGAUGUUAAAUCUCCUGACUACCACAGAUUUGCGUAUUAGUGAGGCCAAUAGCUUCAUCAUUUUGUUCUGUCCUCCUCUUCAGAUGAUCAGCCAAUGGGAGUGGCUCGUCGGCCGUCCAGUGAGUUCCUCAUGUGUGGAGGGUGAGUAAGACUCAAACUGGAAAUGUAAAAAUUUAGGUUUGUUAUCAUCUAUCAUCACACACACACACACACACACACACACACACACACACACACACACACACACACACACACACACACACACACACACACACACACACACACACUCACAACUGUGAACAAACCACACCACACCACACCAACUGCUUUCCUCUCUUUAUACACACAGCAGUGUACUUCAGCUAUCAGCUGUACUUUCUACGAAACCUCCCAAAUAUCAAAUCUUGAUUUAAAAUCUCUCACAGUAUUUCAUUACCACAACUGGUGAUCCAGUGUAUAUGUGGCCUGUUGAUGAUGUAGCAGCUGAAGGGAAAAUGGCAUUGCUUAACCAACAAAACAGAAACUGUAUGUUUUAUUUCUUGAAUGAGUUGAAGCUAGAUCAGCAUUUAAUAUGUGUCUAUAAAUGGUUACUUUUAUUGAGCUCCUCUGAAACUCGUAAAAAAUUAAGUAAAAACUUUUUUUUUAAAGAGCCUGACUGAAGUAUGCUGGCUGAUCACCUGCAGCAGAGCAUGUGUUGGGUACUGCAGGGAGGGGCAGAGAACAACCAGAGGUUGUCUAGUUCAUCUGCAGAUUGAAAUCUCAUGUGAAUAAGAGACAAAAUGUGCAGAUACUUGGUGUGUAUUCUUCCGAAUUAAAAAUAUACUUGGGCGGUCUGCCCGGGGACUGUCGAUGCGUGGGGAACACUGAAGAACCAUUUCUUCUAAAUAUUUUUGGAUCUAAAGACUAUCAGGCAAAAAGAUUUUUUUUAAACUCCAAACAGCAGAUGCAAAGUUAUUUUUAAUCUUUAUUAGUUUUUUUUAAAAACCAGAAAGUACCGUUACUCUACUAGUCUCUACAAUGAAAUAUUUGUUGUUAAUUCCCACAAAAGGACACAACACUGUUCAAGAAAUUUACUUUGAGCACCACAAAGUGUUGGUGUGUUUAAAUAUCAACACAUUUUCUGAUAUAAUUAAAAGAUGGUAAAAUGAUUAAUGUUGUGACUGAGUAUAGUUUAGACAGAGAGCUGAGAGACUGACAAAGACUGAGCUACUCUGGCUGAGCAGAGAUGAGCUUGACUUUAAUCUCCACCUUGACAACUUAAAAGUCUACCUAAACACAUAUAACUUUUCACACUAGUCACUGUCAUGAUAAUAAACCAAAAUCAAAGUUUACAUUCAAAAUCAACAUAGAAGUCUGUCUUUUUAAUCCAGGUAAAAAAAAAACAUGUUUGGUUGUUUUGAAAAGGAGCCCUGCAGGGUUCAUGGAGUAUGAGCUGGAUGUUGACAGCCACAAGAGCAGAAAAUAGACCGACUUUGUAGUUGAAGUGUGACUAGAAGCUGUGACUCCGAUUCCUUUUCACACACAGCCUGGAGUUCAAGUGUGUGUGUGUCCAAGGCUGUGUCACCUAUUUUUCAUGUGUUUUCGUGUCAAAGAGGCUUUAUUUGUUUCUGACCACCUGAAAAACACCCUCAUCUCAGCGCCACACCAGAUAUGGCACACAGUCACUGUCCAUUUGUCACGAGUGAAUCCUCUCUCCCACCUUCAAAUCUGCAUGAUUAGUGAGUAAUGAUUCAGAGGCAGAGUCAAACAACAAGGUGGAGCUGUGCUAAAUAAAUCACCUGACACUGCGAGGGCUGCAGGCUAUGAAUAGACUCUUAACACACAUAUGCUAAAAAUGGCCCCCAAUAACAGUGUGAAUGUUAUUACUGAGCUUCAGCUGUGUUUGAAGACUCAUAAACGUUCCCUCACAUGAUCAACCACAUACAAACAUGGCACCGUCGACUGACCUGUUUUUCUGCAGCUAUAAAUCCUGAGUCUAGUUUCUGUUCAUCACAGCUAAAAAUAAUUGGACUCAGUUUCAUGUAGCUUAUCCUACACUUUUCAGUUCCCCUUUUUCAUCUGUCCCUCCAUCUCUUGCUGCAGAUUCUAGAUAGGUCUUGAUCUGUGUGCAGGCUCUUGUGUCUAUUUUUUAGCCUUGAGUUUUAUUGACCAAUUAAGUUUCAGCAGGCUUUGAUGUGUACAAAAAAAAUGCCCUCCAUGCACGUAUGGAGGGCAAAAGCAGGCAGAACACAAUCCACCAUAAAGACAGCCGGGCUCCUGUCAAGAGGCUGCUGUUGUUGUCAAUCUAACAAGUAGUUGAUCUCUAUGAUCAGAAAUCUAUCUGUCAGGCUCAGAUGGUGGUCUGUUUUUAAUUAUGUCUUGUGGUCAUUAUCUUCAGUUAAAGGAAUAUUCCGGCAUAAAAUUAAGUUAGGGUCAAACACACCGUAACACUGAGUUAGACACCUCCUCGAGAGAUGAAUGUUGCCGACUGCUUGCUUCUCUAGUUAUACUAACUUUAGUAAUAACCACACAAUAGCAAUACACAGCGGUCUAUGUCUCCAUGCGCACACUUUAACUUAAAAGCCACUCUACAGGCACAAAUUAUGCUCACAGAGUGCAGCGAAGUUUCGCAGCUCAAGGAAGAACAUUUAUGAUCAUUACUUCAGAGUUGCAAACAGACUGAGACGCUAAGGCAGAAAAGCUACCGCGUCUGCAGUGUAAAAUGAUUAUUUUGAUGAUUAUUACUUCAAGGAAAUGAUCCGCUGCACGUGGUGAGUACAAACUUUUGACCCUGACUGUACCUGGACUUUUUCCACCAAUACUCUAAUUCAUGAAUAUUCACUCAGAGCAGAUCAGAGUGGAUGAUGGAGUGAAGAGAGACAUAAGGGGGUUGAUUUAAAUUAUUCAAGAUUGAAGAGUGUUUUCAGGGGAACAGUGUAGAUUUCCACACAUCUGUUCACUCACACGUUGCUUUGAUAUAGAUGACAAAAGUGUCGUUUUAGAGCAGCUAGCUGUAGCUUUGUCCGUCAUCACACUAAUAACAUGACAACACAGUGGCUUUCACAACAUGCUUUUGAAGUCAUGUCCUGCCUCUAAAGACUCAUCUUCCUCCAUGCCUACAUCACCUGCUUCAUAUGACAAUGACAUGAAAAUUUCACACUGUGAGGGAGGUGAGGAAAAUUUCAUCGACAGAGCUCCUGAAAAUUCUAGAAAUUUUCAGAAGCACAGAUGUGAAAGCAGCUAACCUUGACCCACUAGGGAAAACCUUUUAUUUUUCUUAUUCUUAGUAUCACACACCCACUGUCAGGCCAACCUUUCCCAGGAAAAAACUACAAGCAGCAUCCUUCACUCAGCAGUGGUUCAGAGAGUAGGAGGAAGGGGUGAGCUGUUUCCUCAACGCUGUUCCGAAGAAACAUUUUUUUAAUCGUUAAACAAACAUGAAAAUCACCAAAAUGAUGAAAAAACAACCAGAGCAAACCGAGCGGUGUUGGAUCAGAGAAAUUUCCAGCAGUAAUCCCUAUAGCCUCAACCGCUUUCUACAGGCCCCAACUCCUGCAAACAGUAAAACUGAAAUGUUAAAACUUGCUUGUGUCUGCCACCCUUUGUUCUUCCUCCCCCUCCCUCUAUAGAAAACCUGCAGCCAGACAGCCCUUUACACUACUUCCACCCUCUUGCUUCAAUGUUUGCACGCCGCCUCGAGCAAAACAGUUUCCCUUUCCGUGACACUCAGUCUGUUUGGCCUUUGUUUCUGCUCGGUCUUGUCCUCGUCUAACCGUUAGGGCUGUCGGCUUUACUCCCUCCCUCUCUCUCUGCUCGUCUUUUUUUUUCCCACUGUGGCGAUAACUCUUUUUACUGCAUACAUAAAUUAGUUAACAAGUGACUAUAAGAGGAACCGUUUUUUAAUCCGUUACAUAGGCAUCCCUUGUAUUUCCGUAGCACUACUCACACUCUCAGAGAGCUCCUAAAUCAAAGCCUUGUUUACCCUCAGUGCCCCGUGUGUCCUCAGUUGAUUGCAGUUGAGAAGGGAGAGAGAUAAAAUGAAGAAGGGAGGAGAAGAUUGUGUGGGCUGGUGGAUAUGGAGAGGAGAAAGCGAUUGAUUUCAACAAGGAUGGAGACAUAACUUGAGUCAAAAAAAGCAAGAUUAAAGAGGAGGAGUAAGAAAUGUCAAAUGAUAAUAAAGAAAGAGGCUGGUGUGGUUUGAUCCCAUCCCCCUUUCCUGGUGUGCUGGGUACAAAUCAGGUCAGUAUGGAGGCGACUGACUUGCAGAUCUCUCUCCUCUUUACACUCUUCUAUAAAGCAGCUGACCUACAAAUUCUCUCUUUUGAGCUUGGACAAUAUUCUCCUCCAUAUUGAACCUCACUCUGGAUCAAUAAUGCUUUUAGCAACCUGGAGGAAGCUGGAGAGCCUUAGUCAUGUGUUUCUGUAUCAGAUGUCUUCAAAGAGAAUAUCAGCAUGUGAUUUUUCAUCUCUAUAUCCAACAAAGAAACUGCUGUCUGCCUCUUUGUCUGUACUAGUCUCUACCUCACGUGUCCUUCACUCUCUCCCCCUUAGACCCUCCCAGGCUUCACAUCAUUACGUAAGAGUGGUUUCCAACUGGUGCCGCUCUCUUAACGGCCAUUUCCCCCACUCCUCCUCUUUUUUUUUCUCUUUGUAUGUAAAGCUGAAUCUUGCUGUGGGUGACUCGGUCAUGACUCUGGCGAUCGAGAACAUUUUGUCUCCUCUGGUUUAACAAAAGAAUGCAAAUGAGCUGUGUCUCUUUGCACUUCCCUUUCUCUUUCUGUUGAACACAAGAGGACGUGCCUCACACGUGCCAUUGGCUGUGACCGCCUCUCGCCCUGCCUUCUGCAAAUGAGCUGUGAGCUGAUUGGUGCUGCGUCUAUGUUUACAUGGUAGCCCGGCCCCCCUUUUUUUUUUCUAACCCACUGACUCUGCCCUCAUGUGCAGCAAAGCUAAACUUAAGUUGCUCAACCUGCCUCCACAGCGGAGGAAAUAAAGAACUGGAGGCUGCAGAAACAAACUCGACGUUGCAGAGUAGCUUUUGUUUUCAUACAGCAGCUUUUUAGUGUUUCAGCUUCAUGUUAUGGGCGUUGAUACCCCUGAAGACGUCCUGCACGCAUGGAAACACCAGCAACAGCCUUCAGCAGAGUUGAUAACUGCCUUCGUCUACCCGUUUUUGCCCUCCAGGCAGCCUCAGCCCACCUCAGGACAGACCCCCAUGGUGUCCCCACGGGCUGAGACCACCCCUAUCCCAGUUCCCACUCAGAUCCGCAACUACCAGCGCAUCAAGCAGAACCUCUCCAGCAGCCCCACCACCACCUUGUACAGCUCUCCGAGGUAAGAGUUUCAUUUUCCGGGUCUGAGGGUCGAAGUGGGGCUUGUUAUCCUGCAACACUGAGUGAUUUAUAAUAGAAACACUUUGAAAUGAGCAUGGGACUCAUCUUGUGACGCAUGUUUAUAUCCUCAUUCUAGUCACUUUUUUCUCCUGGUUAGUUUUAGAAACUCAGACUUCUGUUUCAUCAGCCGUAAAGUUUCACAUUAGUUACAUCAGCUGGAUUUUGUGACCUCCAAACUGCAGGGAGUUUUCGUUGGCAGCUUUAUGUGAAGACAAUGCAGAUUGGAGGGCAGAGGAAGAAAGAAGGAAGGGUGGCACCUUGUUUUACAGGAAGAAUAGCUCUGCCGUUUUUAUUUACGGUCGUUUACCUGAAAAGAGAGAGCUAUUAUGGGCUCUAUUAUAUUGCUAAUGUGGUGAUUAUUGCAAAGAUUUACAAUAUAAGCUCCUGUGUUGACUUCUAUUCAGCUAAUAGUUUUCUAGCUUGAUAAAUUACAAUUGAAUUUAUCCCGUGGUGAUUCUCUUAAGCACUUCUGGAGCUUAGAGGGAAGGUCAGGUCUGCUCAGCUGUCCUAUUUUCAAUUGUCUUAUCACUUAGUUCAGGUAGGGUUAGAGCUCUGACACUCUGUCCCUUUGACUCCUUAGAAGCUGGACUCAAAAAAGUCUCAGUAACUACACAAUGUCUCACAAAAGUAUAUGUGCAAAAUUUGAAUUUGUGUCAGUACUUGCAGCAGUGAUGGUUUGUCUCUGCAGCCAGAGCUGUUUUUGCCAACUAUCAAAACUGGCCGGUACUUCUCAGAGAGAGGUAGCAAUUAAAUACGAACUGUUGGAGUUUGUUUAGUUUUCAACUGGUUAUGAAACAGUCUUUGUUUAAUGCUGACACAGUAUGACUUGCUAAAGCAAACCAAACCAUCAGUUAGAAGACUGACUGGUUGUUUAAGAUUUUUCUCAUGCUUCUACGUGUUGGGCUGACUUUGAAGAAUAAGAUAAACAACAAGCAGACUGGAAGAUAUUUUGUUUACAUUUUUUCUAAAAACGUUCACAGUGAGCAAUUUCCUGAGAAAGGUAAAAUGAGGCAGGACCAGAAAUUUUCAGGCAGUCAAGAGUUAAGGGCUACCCUUUUGUCUAGAGAAACCACCAUAAUUGAGAUCAAAUCAGUUUCUCAUAACUUAGUAAUAUCUAGUGGUUGUGUGGAGUCCUCGUCCCUGUGAUUUAUUUUGCAGCCCUUAUGAACAAACUGGUACAUCUUAUCUCUUGACCUGCACUGAACCCUCUCUCUCAAAGUCUGGUCCUGUCUAAAAACAUUCAGGUGUACAAGUUAGUGUGCAAUCUUGCAUGAGGAACACAAAACAAAUUUUGUUUAUCUCUUAGUGUGAUUCCUGUCUGGCAGCAGUUAUCAGCAUCAAUAAUAGCAGUAUAUGUUCUUCCUGAUGGUCUGGUUUCCUUUUGUGAGUCAAAAAGAGGAACAUAAUUUUACCGAGUUUGUUUCAUAACAAGUUAAAUAAUCUUCACAACAUAUUUUGAAAGAGUGGGAACAAAAACAGUAAAACCUCAAGAAGAAAGCAGCAGGGUAGAAACGUUUUUGAUGUGUUAAAUGAUCUUUUUAUAUCUUUGUGGAAUAAAUGAUGUUUUUUGGACACUGCUUCCACUAUUAGAGACAGGCGCCUGUUGUUAACUAAAUAAAUAAAUCCUUAUUGGAUUCCUAGUUUACGAGAAAUAGCCCCACUGAAAUGUCAAAUCUCCUUUUCAAGGAAGUGUGAGACAAACUCAGAUGAUGGUUCUGGCUCUGCUGACAUUGAACACCAGUUUCACAUAGUUUGUCCACAGGCUCUGUGAUCCCCUGUUUAUUUGUGCUGAAAAAGCUCAAAUAAAUUUCACCAUUCUGGUUGUUUUCUAACUUCUAUACAAGCUAAAUUAAGUCUAUUCUCAUACAAGUUUUGAUUAUCUCUUUGUUUCCUAGAUCUGGCACAGUUCGGCGCUCAAACACAAGUCCUAUGGGUUUCCCCAAGGUUGGCUCGGGGUCUCCCAGCUCCGCAGAUGUCCCCCAGACAGUUGGAAGGCGUCUUUCUACCGGCAGCUCCCGGCCCUACUCUCCCUCACCUCUAGGUAAGAACAUGUCUGGACAUAUCCCGGAGCUUUCUAAUAACACUGCGCAGACAGGAUUUGAAAUGACUUGUGUUUGUGUUUACAGUCGGGACAAUCCCUGAGCAGCUGGGUCACUGCUGCUGUCACCUACAGAACCAUGAACCUCGCAGCCGCAGCUCUUCAGGAGGUCAGUCCACACCCAAAACUAACCCACAUUUAAUUAUGCCAACUCCUUAUUCUUACAUCAGACUAAUAAUCCUGGCAUUACAAAACUUUGCUGCAGGCAGGAGUCUUUGUUUUGAUUCUCUCCUGUGUGUCAUGACUUCAUUAUCCACGAAGUGCAUGAGUCAGUCACUGAGUCAAGGCCUUUUUUCGAACGUCGCGAUGCUGUUUUUUUUUUUUUUAUGAGCUUCGCAAACGUCUCACAACUUCUUCACUGUUUGUGUCAAGAGGUUUGCUGUCAUGGUGACCGUGAUUUAAAAGAGGGAAGCUGCAGAGCACACAGUGUCUGAACUGAAGCCUGAAACAGAUCGUGAACAGCACUUUACAGUCUUAAACAAGCAAGCAGAUUUAAAGACCGGCGCUGAGUCUGUGUGAGAAGUCACAGCACAUGUUAUGAAAGUGUUACAAGUAGCAUGACUCCCUGAUGCUAUUUCUGCUCCUGGACAAAUGAGUCAUGGAGUUAUGUCGCCUCUGAUUUGCAAGGGAUAAUUGAAACAGUUCAUGAUGAGUCCUCAUCAAUACUUCAUGAGCUGCUCAUUUGCAAAGGAAAAUUCUUUUAUCUAAAAAAACUUUGCUUUUCCUAAUUUGAGUACAAAAAAAUGUUUAUUGGUCCAGCAGACUUCUUUAGCUGACAGUCUGGCUGUUUUGGCAGCUACAUAACCCCUUUUGGGUUAAGGCACUUCAUUGGUGUCACACAAUUUUGACACCAGUACGACCACAUAGUUACUUUAAGUCUCUGCCAACAUUAAGAAACAGAUACCCACCAACACUGAGGAUUGUAGGUUCCAUUUCAAACGUGAAACAACCACCACAUUGGAGUUGAUCGUACAGACGACUAAACUGGAGUUGCUGGAUCACAGUUGCCUUGAUGAGUCAGCUUGUUUGUGUUGUUCCUUUGCUUUAGUAAGUUCAGAUCAAACAUAUGGGCGGGAUACAGUCCUCUGUAAGUGAAUAUAUACCGACUGUUACAGAUAGCAAUUUCCAAGCAGCCCCUCAUUGAUCUUUGAGCUCCAAAUCACUGUUUUUAAUGGAGCCUGGUGGCUUUGAAGGAAGCUGGCUCUGGCUGCAGUAAAGACAUCAAGCCUCAUUUAUCAAGAUCUUAAACUUGGUGUUCUAGAAGGUUUCUAAGACAAGUCUAUUGUAUGCCUGCUGCCUGCAGCAAGUGUUGAUGCUAUUUUCUACUUCACACGCUUGUCGUUUUUAUGCCCACGUUGUGUAAAUAGCGAGUGAACUAGCACCCACUUGAGAGACUGUGGGUGUGUUGGUCUUAAAUGAGGUGUGACCAGGUCUGUUGCUAUCUAGGGGGGACAGCAUUCGGGCCUUGGACCAACAAUAACGCGAUUUAAGUGUAGAAUGAGUGGCAUAGUACUUUCCUGAUAUUUAGAGGGCACAUAAGUGAGACAGUUGGAUGAGCAAAGGAGUUAAGAAGUGCAUUCAUCUGCUUUUUACACACAUACAGAAAAACUAAGCAGUGCUACUACACAUAGUAAAAAAAUCAGUGCACUUCCAGCUCACACUUGGAGGCAAGUUAGAAGUUUACCUAGACUGUGUUUCCUGUCUUAAGUUGCAGUUAACAGCAUACUGCGCUAAAGACAUCCAAGUGCAAACACACCCCUAAACUUGUAGUAUGAUUGAGGCCAUCAGAGCAGUGUUGCAGCUAUUACAAGCUGUUUCCUUUUUUUCAACAGCUGUAAAAACAAACCACUGAACCACAAAAAGCUUCUCGAAACCUUUCAGUGUUUUCUUAAACUUGCACAGAUUCUCAUCCAGUUUUUUCCUCUUCUCCAGGUUCCCCCGUCCCAUCGUCUCAACUCUUGGGAGCUCGGUUACAAAGCGCCCCCACCCUGACUGACGUCUACCAGACGCGGCAGAAGCUCCACAAGCAGUUAUCAGAUCCUCUCCAGCCCUCUUCGUCCUCCUCUUCCUGCAGCCAUUCCCCACAGCUCGGCAGACCGGCCAAUCUCGGCUCAUCCCCCACAAAGCUCCUGGGCUCCUCCCCACGCACGUCCGACUGGCUGCAGAAGUCCCCGCUGCCCACCAUCAUUGGCUCCCCUACUAAGGUUAGUGCAGAGAUGAAUGAAUCUGCAGGUUGAUCAUGUGAAAAAAAUAAAUAGUAGUUGCUUAAGGUCCUGUUUGACUUUUUUUCACUUUCAGACCAUUUCGGCACCCUUCAAGAUCCCCAAAACGCAGGCGUCUUGCAACUUGAUGGCACUAGCUGACAGUCCUGUGCCCACCAAGACCCUGGCAGAUGCCCGGGAUAUCUGUGCCCACCACUGCAGCCCCUACCUCAGUGGACGCCCAGCUCCCCCCGAGGCCAGUAGGACCUUUGGCAGGUUGGUUUCUUUCCCUCAUCUCUGCUUCCACUUCACAUAAAGCACUCAGUGAUGUGAUGGUACAUUUCAGUCAUAGAGAUUUCUAAAGCUGUACAGUCUUUGGACUGUGGGGCACUAACCCCACACACAAGUCUAUUGAAUAGUAAUGUUAAAUCUGAAUGAUGUGAAAACUACGUAAAUAAUGUGAAAAGUCAAGGUCCUGCGUCCGUCUCUCAACUAUGUGAUGUCAUCGUUCUGCUGUUUGACUUUGUGCUGACGUUAUCUGAUGCUCCUCUGCAGGUCAGUCAGUACAGGCCGUCUGUCUGAACAGCCAAUCAGAAUCACUCUGGGAGGCCAGGCCUAUCAGGGCAGCACUGACAGCUUGAACACGGAGCGGCCGAUGGACACAGGUACAUCUACAAACUGUACACAGAGAAUAAAAGACAAAGACUCCAUUAUUAAGACAACAAGACUAAAAAACAUAUAGGAUAGAUACAGUAUAUAUAGAUUAUUCAUGACAAUAAACCAUCUUGGGCUUCUUCCCAGGCUGUAGAAACAACAUAAAAGCAACAUAAAGAAAUUAACAAAUUCAUAUGUGAAGUUGUAAUGUCUUUGAUAAGAUUUCGUUUCUCAAGAUGAAAUUAAGAGCUAAGUGUCCUCGUCUCACAGCCCCUGCAGGUCCAAGUGGGCUGGUUCAAGGAGGGUCUGCAAGUCCCCGUACGGUCCUUUUCACUGUGGGUUCACCACCCAACAGCAGCACUCCUCCCACCUGUAGCCAUCUGGGCACACGACCACGCACCACCUCAGGUAAGGACCCUCCACUGACAAUGAGCUGGUUGCUUGCAAAUUAGCUGUAAAACAAAACUCAUUUUUCCUGCGUUAAGUUCUUCGUGACUGGUGUCCUGGUGUUAUUUACUGGAUGUUUUUACUGGAACUGGUAAAGAAAGAAAGUUCAAACCUGAGAUUCUAUAAAUGUGUGGAUUCUGAUUCUAUGAGAUAUUUUGGUAGACAAAAAGAUCUUUGUGUUAGUCUACAAUCAUUAUUCGUACCUAUUGGUCAAUUAUGUUGAAACAUCACUUAUCGGCACUUAUCUCUGGAUUCUUGGUCCUCCCCACAGUGGGCUCCAGCAGUUCAGGUGGCUCCCUCUGCUCCACCAGUGGUCGGGUCUUUGUUGGAUCUCCUCCUGGUAUGGCCAUGGGUUCCUCUCCUCCUGGAGGAUACAGUGGUGGUCAGAUUGGCACCGGGGCCGAGGGGGCACCCAGCAGCCUGCGCUACGUCCCCUAUGGGACCUCUCCUCCCAGCCUGGAGGGUUUCAUCACAUUUGAAGCUCCUGAGCUGCCUGAGGAGACUCUCAUGGAGGUGAGGGCUGUUUGGCACCUAUUGCUCAUGUUUAUAAUAGAAAUCAAAUGCCCUGAAGGUUACUCAGAGUUAGUUUUAUGAAGUAAAAUCAUUGUUAUUUUUUCAGCGUGAGCACACGGACACCCUGAUGUACCUGCGGAUGAUGCUUUCGUUCACUGACUGUGUCCUGGAGAUGGCAGCAGUCCGAGCAGGAGGAACAGAGCUUGGCGUGUCGGCCGCCUCUAUAUACCCUCCUCAGGACAGCGUGGUUGUGGACCAGAUCAGCCAGCUCAGCAAAGAGUGGGGGUAAGGAAUCACUGCAUAUAGAGCUCUUCAUGGGUCAGAAAUCAUGGGUUUAUAUUGUAUCCAGUGACGUGUGUUUAAAGAUUUUAUGUGGUAUAUAUCCUUUUACGAUUGGGGGCACUCUCAUUCGCUUCCUGGCUUAGGUUCAUAACAUUAGAUAAAAGACACGGUGCUCAUCCCUUUUACUUUCAUGUAUGUGUCAUAAAUUUGGCUCUAAAUGUGAAGGGGUUGCUGGGACAUGUAUGUCUUGAGUAAGCAAACCCAACCUAUUGAACCAGACCCAGGAAAACCUGUGUUUUCCUCCAGUCUCAUGCUGUCUGGGUCAUCUGUUGUUCUGUGCUGUUGCUGCAGUGUUUAAACUUCUCCAUCAGUGCCAUAAACUGUGCUUGUGCUGCCCCCUACAGGCAGGUGGAGCAGCUGGUGCUCUACAUGAAGGCUGCACAGCUUCUCGCUUCCUCACUCCAUCUGGCUAAAGCUCAGAUCAAAUCAGCCAAACUCAAUCCCUCCACUGCAGUCAAACAAGGUAAGACAUUUUCAAUAUUUGACUUUUUAAACAAUUUGUUUCCUGCGAGGUAACUCAUCCCCGUCUUCAUCAUCUUCUUUCAGUGGUGAAGAGUCUGAAUGAUCGGUACAAAAGCUGCAUCUCCCUCUGCCGGCGGCUGACUGACAAACUGAACCACUUCUUCUCUGAUAAGCAGCGAUUUGUUGAUGAGAUCAACAGCGUGACCGCGGAGAAGCUCAUCUACAAUCACGCUGUGGAGAUGGUAGGUCCUCAGAGUGCACAGGCUGAUUGAUUCUUCUGAAUUCCAGCAGAUCAGGAGCUGUUCCAGUGAAAUGCAGCUAUGACCUGCAUUGGCCAGCCUAAUAUGAUCCUGUGUGUGUGUGUGUCAGGUUCAGUCAGCAGCUCUGGAUGAGAUGUUCAAGCAGACUGAAGAUAUUGCGUACCGCUACAGUAAGGCCGCCAUGCUGCUGGACGGUCUUUCCAAGAUCCUGCAGGACCCCACUGACAUUGAGAACGUGGUCAAAUGUGAGUACUAUUAAAUUUUCAGGGUUAGGCUGACCUUAAACUUUCAAGUGCAUGUGUGAAUAGAGAUACAUUAAUUAGCUUUCAAUGAUCUUUUUGGUGUGAAGUAGCACAGACUAAAAAUGAGAACCUACACUUAACAUCAUCCGACUCCUGUAAUCUAUCCAGUGUUUGUGUCUUACAUAAGUGUCUGUUUUGUGCUAACACAUUCUUGUGUUGUGUAUUUUCUCUGCAGACAAAGCCAGUGUGGACCGCAGGAUCUCCGCCCUCUGCUACUGCACCGUCACACUGUACGAGUAGCAGCGUUCACACAAACAAACAAACAAACACACGGAGGGACCACAACCUGAGAUCAUCACUCUCUAUUCUCACAGAGCCACUGGUCCCUCCUGUAGCAGUUCAAGCACUUUUUGUCCAUCGAUAUUUAUCAUCAGAUUUUUUUUUUUUUCUGGCUGCAUCACAGACUGAAGUGUGACUGAUGCACAAACUUCCAACCAAAGAUGACGAACAGAUCCAGGAACUGAAGGCUGAAACUGGAUAUGGACAUGAUGCACACCUUCUGGUGCAGUUUCUUUCUUACAUUAUGACAGUGGAUCUGAUCAACACAUAUAAAUAGAAACUGAAGUCCAUCAUUCAGGAUAUCAUUUGUUUUUUACCAGAAAAAAAGACUAUGGAUGAGACUUUGAGACAUUUUGUGGGCUUCAAGAGUCUGGAGCUCCACAUGAAGCAGUUCAUCUUUUUUUAAAAAUCCUGCUUACUCUGUGAUAUCAGUGAUUAUUUACUCUGCGUUUAAGUUGUUAUUGUUCUUAUUUAUUGGUUCAGAAGAACGGGAGUGUUCCAGUCUCCUGCCUGUCUUGAAAACCUUUAGGAUCAGAGUGGAAGGAAAAGGAAGAAAUUAGCAAAAGAUCUCUGUAACAGACCUCAAAGAAGAUGAACUUUUACAUAAAAACAAAAAAAAAAACUCCUGUUACAGAAACCAGACGGACGUGUUAGCAGAGAAACCUGUUGAUUUUUCACUGCUUUGUUUUUAUUUUCUGUGUCGUAUCCGAAGCACUUUAUUGCAGUAUGUGGAGGAAGAGGAGGAGGAGGAGGAGGAGACAAGUAUCUGUAACUAGCUCUGGGGGUAGAAAUGUGAAGGUGGAGGGGGAAAGGCUUGCCAAAUCCCUCCUCUUUAAAACUUACCUGCUCUGUGUGCAUGACUAAAAACUAAUCAGAAUGCAUACAUUUCCCAUGUGGCUGAGCAACCAGGGAAACAACUUGAUGAGUUACCCGAAUAAUAAGUUUCAUUUUACUAAAAUACUACAGCUGUUUUUGUUCUGUCAGUAUCUGUAGCUACUUUUUUUAACAAGACUUGAUGUUUGCAAACCUGUAUAUAUUUAUAAAUAUGUGGUGCAUGUGACAAGUCUCUCCUUUUUUGGAAGGAGGAGUGUGUGCGCGUGCGUGUGUGUGUGAGAUUCGAGUUUUUUGGGGGGUUAUUGAUUAAGCCGUCAGCCUGUCAGUCAAAGAGCACAAAUCUUUAUAUGUACAUAUGCGAAUUUGAUACAGUUUAUUCAUGUCUGCCAAGGGGGUUUGAUAAGGCUAAAACAUUUUUGGCACAACAGGAGUGUGCUAAAAACCUAACUAGAACUCGUGGCAGCUUCAAAACUUUCCAGAACACCUUUCUAUCAGGACUGUUGAGAUCAGUAUACACGUAUUCGUUCAGUAGGUCUGAUGAAAUUUUGUGAAAUGAGCGUGAUGUCAUUUCAGGAAAUUUUGUGAGACUUGAUUCGUCAAAUCUGCACUGCCUAACGUCCACUCUGUCCCUCUGCCUCCCCUCGAUUGUCUGCUGUGCUCCUAACAGUGUAUGUACUGUAUGUAUGUAUGUAUUGGUGUGUAUUUAUAUAUAAGAUAUACACAUGAGCACUUGCCAGGUGUGCAUUAAGGCCAGUAGUAUCAGUCAAUGAUGGAAUAUAGGAGGUGCCUUCUUCUCAUGAAAGCAGACGUGGGCCUACUCCUCUGUACAGGUGUGAAUAAAUUCUUUUUCAGUGUAAAAAUGUGUACAAAUGUAUGGACAGGCACCCAGCAGCCUGUUUUUCUCUGAUGUACUGUUCUUUUUCCUACACAUAUCUGGGUUUUUCAGUUACCCUCGUCUUCGUCAUGAGCACUCUGAACCACACGAAGCCUUUUACUGCACACAGAGUGAAGAGGGAAGAAUAAAUCUGACGGAAAUCUCACCUGAACCUUUGCUUAUGUCUGUGGACUGUCUUAGAAAAAGCAUGGGUCAAACUAAGUCUGCAUUUUACCUUGUAGAACCUCUAGAUUAUUGAAUGUAUGUACCCUGUCAUUUUAUGCCUCUCCAGCUUGUUCUGAAUGCAUUUUGAAGAAGUCCUUCGUCGGUCACGAUCCUGAAAAUGCAACACUUUCCAAGCACCGAUGUUUCAGAGAAAUGUCAAUGUUGUGUCUCUCACAAAGGUGUGUCUCUCUCUUUGUUCUUUAUGGAACAUGAAAACAGUCUUUGUUAUUAAAAGAGGAAAAAUAAAGAUGUCUUCCUUGGUAAUCCUUUAUUCUCUUUUAGGGCUGUCAAAUGACCAACUUCAAAAUCACCUUGAUUGCUGAAUUAAAACAGCUGCAUUUUAAAUCACAUUUAAAACCCUAAUCGAUAUUAACUUCAGCAAAUCUAGGCAUCUAUAUCUUCAAAUCAGUUGAGUGCAAUGAAAUGUGCUUUAUAAUUUUGACCUUAUUUGAAGAAAUGCUCCACUGCUACACCAAUGUGCUCUGAAACCAUGAGUCUGAGGUAAAAAAAUACCUCAAAGUAUGUCACGGGUCUGUGGCAAUUUUUUUAACUCAAAAACUGCUUUUGCUGCUGUUGCUUUCUGCACCUGUAUGCGCAGCUCAAAGAUAGCUCAGACUUGAAAUUAGUGAUGGUUAAAUUCCCUUUUCACACAAGGUGCAUGGUUGUUUUUGACUAGUCAACUCAGUAGUUUGAGACUUUUUUUGGUGUAAUGUGAAAUCCAAGACGAUCAUCUUGUACUGGUGUUAUUUUCCAUCAUGGCAGCAGGAAAAUUCUCCAGUUACUUAACUGUGACAAUAACACUUGUGAUUAUAUAAGAAUAAUUCUGAAGCUACUGACUUUAAUCCCAGUGUUUGUAAGAAAGUCCUCUCAUCGCAGUAAGGUCACUAAAAGCCCAGAGAUAAAUUGUAUCUGACAGUUAAAGAUAAAUUAUUGAAGAUUCAGACUUUUUUAUCUUCAAAAUAUUCAAUGAUUUCAAUUUGAUUAAUUCAUUUUUGAAAUCAUAAUUUGGUCAAUUGUCUCAUUAUUUUAACCUUUUGUUUCAUAUUUAGACUUUAUUGCAUUGCUGUAAUUUAAUGUCAUAUAAAUAGCUAUCAUCAUAUCAUCAUAAUUUUGCCAUUUUAUCUUGUAAAAUAGGCUUUCUCUAUCAUCAUUUAUUGUUUCCAGUUUUGACUUAUAAUCAGAAAAUUUAGACUUUUCCCUCCUCUUAUGUUAUUUCCAAAUUUUCAAUAUUUCUUCAUACUCUAGACCUUAUACAUUUCAAAUUUAAUUCUUCAUUUAUAUGUUACCCGAGCCAACUUUUUAAUUUGGACUAUUUAUCCUAUGACUUUGACUUUUUCUCGAAUCAUUACUUAAAGGGAUAAGAAAAAGUGUUGUUCGACAAAAACUCAAAAAUUACAAAUAAAAUAAAAUAUGUUCCAGUGCGUAAGGUGGGAAACAACAAUUAUUCAGAUCAAACCCUAAA